GUGCAGGACUGGCUGAAAGGAGAUGGCAGCUUACACACGGAAAAGGUUCAGCUAAUACACCUUUCCCUGACGCCUCGCCUCUGAUCACUGGACCACCAGCAAGUAUGUCACAUUCGGGUAGUCUUUACAAAUAAUGCAAAGUUCCCAGACGGUGACAAUGCCAAUUUAAUAAGAAGCUUCUUAUUGAUGUAUUCUCUGGCACAGAAUUUCAUAGAGUGAAGGGCUUGCAAAUGCUGCAGACAUCAGGUGUGCAGCUUUUGCUCAGAAUAAAAUGGUUAUUUAACCAUUUACAUCGCCGGAGGUCUGUUGCCGCCGGGGCAGAGGAACACGUCCAUGUUGGGAAUACGUCUCUGUAUUCCUAACAUUAAUGUGUUCCUUUAAAUCCAGUAGUUUUUUCUUGUUUUUUUUCUUUCUUCAAACAAGUUCUGUUAUAUGACUGUGAUUUAUAUCAGACAGUGUUCUGUAUAAACGGAUACUGAGACUUUCCAGUUUCUAUGGAUACAAGUGUUUUGCCUCCCACUUGAAAACGUACUAUUUAUAUAUAAUAUACAUGCAUUUAUACAAAGUCCCUGUUGUGCAUCACCUGCAUAUCUCAAAUUGGAGUUUGUGAAGCCUGCGUUGGGCACAGAAGUUCAGAGAAAUCAUAUUUCAACAACUAUCCCAGAGUUCUGAGCUUGACUUUCAGAUAAGCAUAGACAAAUGUAUUUCUGCAGGACUUAUUAGAAAUGAAACACUGGGAUGGGGGGGGGGGUUAGGUUUAAAAAAAUAAAAAAAAUAAAUUGGAUAAAGCAUAUGUUUUCAUCCAGAAGGACCUAAAACCGGCCAUGGAUUGUACAGUACAGCUCAUUUAUACAUCAAGCUUUGGAUACAUGAUUUCUCAGAAGUUCUGCGCCCAAGGUAGACUUCUCAAAGUCCAUCUUAAAUGAACACUAUAGUACCAUAGUCAAUAUUUACAUUAGGGUGCCCCCAAACUGCAAUACAAAUGGUUUAAAGAAAAAAAGGUUUUACUUACUUUGUUUCCAUCGGCAAGUCUCCCUCUGUGUUGCAACUUGCUCCGCCUCCUGCGACAUCAUUCGGCAGGCGUCACGGUUUCUGCAAUUGUCCAAUCCAGUUUUCAUCAUAGAGGAGCACUGGGGGCGCGAUGCACAUGCAAGGCCUGUGCUACGCUUGCAUCCAAUUAAAUGCGUCUCAUGUGAAGGCAUUUAAUGCAGUUAUUUCUUGUAAGCUGCAUUUGGUCACAUGACCAAGUUCUACUUGGUCUUUGUAGAAGAAAAGCCUCUAGUAGCUGUCCGGAAGACAGCCACUUGAGAUGUGUUUUACCAUGCAAUGAAAUGUUGCUGUUUCUACAAAACAACAAUGUUUUACAUUACAGGGUUGAAAAUAAAGGGACACUGCAACCAAAGUGGUCUUGGUGCAUUUAGUGGUUCUUUAAGAUAAGCAGGUGAUACACAACAGUAAUUUUUGCAUUUGCAUCAAACUGUGCCCUCCACAGUUUACAGUUAGAUGUUGGAUAAACCUGUUCUAGAGGGUGAAAACGUGAUCAGAACAGGCAACUUUCAUGUCCCUAUUGAAGGCACUUUUGGCAGCGGACAGGGGUCUUAAUGGGAACUCUGCCCGGUGUGCAGCUUUGCUGUCCCGUAUGCAGCAAACUGCAAUUCACUGUGUGUUCUGACACCUUUCUUUGACUAGCAUUAAGUUUUUCAGCAAUUUAGUAGUGUGUGUGUCUCUCUCUCUCAAGAUGAGGACAUCAAAUAUAAAUAUAUCACACCACCACGAUCAUCAAGUCCCAAGUGUUCUACCAUUUCCCUCAGUAUUCUCAUAAUAAAUUCUCCAAACCUGUGUUUCAGUUAAAGUUUAGGGUUUGACAUUCGAAAGGGUAAACUCAAGUGCAGGCAUGCCUCACUAAUACAGCGAUAAGGUUCAAGGCCACUGUUGUAGUGAAUUUAGAUCAUUUUUUUUCAUUUGUGAGUGCAUAUAAAUGCCUUAAAACAAUGUUGUGUGUAUGUAUGUAUAUGUAAUGCCGCCAUCAUUAAUAUUGCGAUGUUUAAGAGAGAGUCAGUAGUGGAGAUUUAUCAUUUGAAUAUAAUUGAAAUGGGUUGUAUUAGCAAAGUACUGUAAUACAAAGUAUUAUCGAUGACCUCUAUUUUAUUACUUAUUCCAAAAAAAUAAAUAAAAGGAGUCUCCGAUUUUUCAGUUACAUUUCUUAUGUAAUACCCUGUUGUGUAGCAGUUAAGCUACAUGUCUCCCACGUACAUUUAGUCAUAUAAAAAUAAAUAGAAAAAGCACAGGUAAUUGCAUUUAAGUACCUGAUCUGUGUUUUAACACCCAAAGCUAUUUUUCUCAGUCGUUUUCCUCUCUAUCUGAGAUAUUGUCUAAGUCAUAAUGCCUCCCACAGCUUCAUCCUGAUUACACUUGUGCUUCAGGGCCACAGGGGAGACAAACACAAUGCUGAAUGCCCAGUGUAUUUUUUGGCUAGCAGUAAUAAUCAACCAUCACAGUUAACUCUAGCUGUCUAAAGGCAACAGGCAUCUUCUGGUCCACUAUAAAUCUUAUUACCCAAAUCACAGUGAGUGGAGAAUGGUGUAGGGACAUUCAUUGGCCGUGAAUAACUACCUCAUUGUUCAAUUAAUGUAAUUUACAUGUGUGUGUGUGUGUGUUAUAUCAGUGCUGCAGGCUUUUAUUGUACGAGAUAGAAUGUCAUCUCGUACAAUAAACAUACCAGGCACCAUUACCACUGCAGCAAUCUAUAGAUGUUAUGAUGCCAGGAGUUCCCUGGAGCCCCGCAUUGUAAGUAGUCAAACCUGGGGUUCAUUGGGGGACCGCAACCCACCAUCACUACUGAAGAUAGAGAGCUUGAAAGGGGAGAGCAGGGCGAGUGACAGCUUACUGAUAUGGUUAUGGUGAUUUGAGUGUAACUUUUAAGAGUCGUUGUUUUAGCAGGCACUAAGAAUCGCUUCAAACACAGAAUGAAUUUACCAGAAUGAAUUAGUUUUAAAAAUCUUUAAUGAGGGUAGUGUACCAAAAAAGAAAGUGUAAUAUUUCCACAAAUAGUCCAGGUACACAAAGAUAGCUUGAAGCAGACUUUGAUUGGAUCAUAUAAAAAAUGACAAAGGAAGGAAAAAUAUUGGCAAUUCGGUGAUUUAACAAGUGUCCCUGAAUAAUAAAACUGGAUUCAAACCCCUAGGAUUUAAUUAUGCCAUGCUCUGGGUUUGAACCCCUCUAUUUUAACUUUUAUAAUUAGUUACUCAUUUACCACAGUUUGCUAUUUAGGGAAUAAAAUAUUUAAUUUGUGAAAGUAAUAUGUUAAUCUCCAAAUAUGGUCUGCAUGGAUUUUCUGAACAUAUGACUAAUUGAACUUUGGUAGUGAAACAUUUUGCAUUGUGUAUUUACCUCCCUGUGGGAAAUAAAGUGGAGAAAUAAAGUUUAUGUCAUGCUGGCCAUACAGUAAUAUAUCUAUAGGCUUUUUGUUCUAAAUUACUGUAAGUGCAAAAUCAGUAAUCCUUUACCCAAGAGUACAUGAUCUGAAAAGCCAGCCCUUCAUGAACUACAGUUUCUGUAUGUAAUGUUCUGAACAAAAUUGCAAUACACAGCUACACUUUCAUGAGGAAGAUCAAAAUAGAGAAAAUUUAUGACAAACUUACCGUAAUUUUCUUUUCCUGGCUAUUUCUCAUGGCAGCAUCACUUAUGGGUAGCUCCUCCCUUAGUAGUCACAGGACAGGAAUUAAUUAGAUUAAUUAAUCAGACUGAUAGGUAUAAAGAGUCCCUCCUCCCCUUACACCUCAGUCCAAUUAUAAAGCUGAAAUAGAGAAUGGGCGGGAACCCUGAUGCUGCCAUGAGAAAUAGCCAGGAAAAGAAAAUUACGGUAAGUUUGUCAUAAAUUUUCUCUAUUCCUGGCUAAUCAUGGCAGCAUCACUUAUGGGUAAUACCCAAGCUUCACAAAUCUAGGGUGGGAAAUAACGUAAAAAAUUACACCAAGCCGAACACAUGCAGCAAAGAAAGUUUAAUAUCAACUGGAUAAAGAGACCGUAGAGAGGACACUCUUCCCAAAGGUGGUGGAACGAGACUCCACAUCAAGUUUGUAGUGCUUCAUAAACGUCAUUGGAGAAGACCAAGUGGCUGCUCUGCAAAUAUCAUCGUAUGGAACCUCUGCCCAGCUAGCCCAAGAAGUUGAUAAUGCUCUAGUAGAAUGUGUUUUUAUCACCUGUGGAGGUGAUAGACCUUUAGAGACAUACGCCUUCUUAAUUAUCAGAGAAAUCCAACGUUUCAACGUAGAUAAAGAGGCCGCCUCACCUCUCCUAGCUCCCAACGGCAAAACGAAGAGUUGGUCCGUCUUACGGAAAGACUCAGAACGUCUAAGAUACGCAGACAAGCAGCUCAUGACAUCCAAACGUUGCCAUCUAACCUCUUCCUGAGAAGAGGGGUUGGGGUAAAAUGAUGGAAGAACCACUUCUUGAGAGAGGUGAAACUGAGAAACCACCUUGGGAAGAAACUCUGGCUUAGGUUUCAGACAUACCCUAUCUUGGUAGAAUUGUAAACAAGAAGAAGAUGUAGAAAACGCCUUAAUCUCUGAAAUCCGUCUUGCGGAAGUAAUCGCCACCAGAAACAAAGUCUUAUACGUCAGGAGAGUAGUAUCCAAACCUUCAAGAGGAAAAAACAGAUCCUCCGUGAGAUAAUUAAGCACCAUAGGAAGGUCCCAAGGAGGGGUAGUAGACCUGGAAGGAGGCCUCAACCUGAAGGCCGCUUGAAGAACCUGGAAAUCAAAGGAUCCGAAGCCCAAGAGAUGUUGCACAAAGCUGAGAGUGCCGCAGACUGAACCUUUAAGGUGCUGAGACUAAGGCCCUUGUCCAGGCCCUCUUGCAGAAACUCCAAAACUUCAGUAUUGCUAGGAUGUAGAAAGUCCACACCAUUGGACGAUGCCCAAGACUGGAACACAUCCCAGACCCUAUGGUAGCAUGAGGAAGUGGAAGCCUUUCUAGAGAGCAGAAGGGUAUUGAUCGCAGCCUCCGAGAGGCCUAGUACUUGGAGUCUUUCCUUCUCAAGAUCCAUACCCCCAGGUUGAGGCGUUCUGGAUGAGGAUGGAAUACCGGACCCUGUGUAAGCAGAUCCUCCAUCACUGGCAGAGGCCAAGGCUGUUCCUGGCUCAUCGUGGUCAAUAGGGGGAACCACGGUCUCCGAGGCCAAAUUGGAAUUACGGCAAUGACUUUCCUGCCUUCCGACCAAACCUUCCUCAGGAACCUGGGUAUCAUAGGUAGGGGAGGGAAAGCAUACCCCAGAUCGAACGACCAAGGGAGAGAGAGAGCGUCUUGGCCCAGAGCCUGACGGUCCGGGUGGAGAGAGAAGUAAUUCUCCACCUGGUGAUUCUGAGAUGAUGCCAUCAGGUCGAUCUGGGGCAUGCCCCACCGAUGAACAAUUUCUGCAAAGAUCGCCGGGUGAAGAUGCCAUUCUCCCGGAAGAAUUUCCCUUCUGCUGAGGAAGUCUGCUGUUACGUUCUCCGAGCCUGGGAGAUAAAAGGCCUUUAGACCUUGAAGAGACGUCAUGGCUAUAACCAUUAAGGGAGCGAGUUCUUCCAGCAGCAAUCUGCUCCUCGUGCCACCUUGGUUGUUCACAUACGAGGCCACCGCUCGGUUGUCCGUUUUGAUUAGGACCCAAGAGUUCUUUAGCCUCGGUAGGAACCUCAAAACGGCCUUGUAAACCGCUCUCAGUUCUCUCAAAUUUGAGUGUAGGCGACUCUCUUCUUGGGUCCACUUCCCUUGAGUCCAUACCGAGCUGAAGUGGGCACCCCAUCCAAAAGAACUGGCAUCUGUCGUAAUAACCUUCCAAGGGGGGUCUUCCAACGGGAAGCCAGUCGUCAAAUUCUUCUCGCUCCUCCACCAGUUUAAGGUUUUUCUUACCGGAAGGGGAAGAUAUAUCACCUGUUCCCAAUUUGCUUCCACUCUGUUGAACUGGAGAAGGAAGCAGUUCUGAACUGGACGGAACUUCCACUGGGCCCACUUCACCAAGCCUAUUGUAGACGUCAAGGAACCUAGGAGGCUCAUGACUACUCUUGCAGGUGCCGCUUCGAGAUCUUGUAGUCCCCUCACUUUGUCUCUGAUCUUCUCGACCCUUUCUGGAGACAGGAACACAUGUGCAGACACGGUAUUCACUACCGCCCCCAGGAAAAUAAUCGUUUGCGCAGGAACGAGGGAGCUCUUUCCCAAGUUCAGGAGCCAACCAUGGUCUUGAAGAAUGGACAUUGCGACUAACGUAUGUUGAGCCACGAUUUCUUGAGAUGGACCCAGGAUAAGAAUGUCGUCCAAGUAAUGGAAUAUCUCGAUACCCUUUACCCUUAUAAAGGCUAUUAAGGCAACCAGAACUUUUGAGAACGUUCUUGGAGCCAGACUGAGGCCAAACGGUAGACCCCGGAACUGGAAGUGCCUUCCUAGCGCCCAAAACCUGAGAAACCGUACAUGAUCUUGAUGUAUCGGAAUAUGAUAGUAGGCGUCCCUUAAAUCUAUUGAGGUCAUCCAGUCUCCUUUUUUGACACACUUCAAGAUGGUCCUCAAGGAUUCCAUUUUGAACGUCCUUACAUUGAGCAAGGAGUUCACGCCUUUCAAAUUCAAGAUCAGACGCCAUUUUCCUUGAGGUUUUGGGGCCAAGAAGACCGUGGAAUAAAUUCCUUGAAACCAUUCUCGUUUGGGAACUUCUUCCACCACUCUUUGUUCCAGGAGCACAGAAAUGCAGGAUCUCAUGGCCCUUCGUUUGAUGCCUACCGGCACCUUUGAUUUUUUGAAGAAUGCAGUUUUUGGUUGAGAUGAGAAUUCUAUUCUGUAACCUUCUUUCACGAUGGAAGUGACCCAUAGGUCUGAAAUAUUGCUGGCCCAUCUGGGGUAAAAGAACUUCAGUCUUCCUCCCACCAUCCCCGAACGGGCCUGGGGACCUUCAGAAGUUCUUUCCUGAGGUUCUAGGACCCCUUCCCCUGGAAGCUUUAUUGGAAGAUGAGUGUGGAUAGGAUUUCCAUGUGGAAUUCCUGGAAAACUCCCUACCUGGCUUAUAGCUUCUGCUGUCCCGAAAGGACCGAUCCUUAAAGCGCUUGGUCUUCCAGGAGGAGGGAAAAGUCUUCCUGCCAGAUUGAGGUAAGAACGCCUUCUUCCCAUCAGCAGCUUUUUGAAUAGCAUCUUCCAGAAUCUUUCCAAAGAGGAGAUCCCCUUGAAACGGAAGAGCACAGAGGGAAGCCUUAGAGGCAUAGUCAGCACCCCAUGAAUGAAGCCACAAAGCCCUUCUAGAAGCCACAGACAGGGCCAUGCUUUUAGCAAUCAUGUGAGUGAUAUCCAGGGAGGCUUCUGAACAGAAUUCCGUGGCUAGGUUAAGGUCCUUGAGGCUUUCCAACAGAUGUUCCCUUCGGACACCUUGCUCAAUGUCAUCCUUCAGAUUAGUGAGCCACACUUUCAAGGCUCUGGAAAGAGUCGUCAGUGCCACUGCCGGAUGAAGAGCGGACCCAAGGGCCAAGUAGGCUUUAAUUAGGUCUCCAUCCAAGCGCUUUUCCAUAGGCUCCCUGAGAUAUGCCAUAGAGUCUAUAGGCAGUGUAGUUUUCUUAGCCAUAUGGAUCACUGCCGCAUCAAUUUUAGGAACAGAGUUCCACAGACCGCAAUCCACCGCAGAGUAUGGAUAAACCCUCGCAAACUUAUUUUUUAAGGUGGACUUCUUUUCAGGCUUAUUCCAUUCUUGAAGGAUCAUAUCCCUGAUUGACGUAUGUACUGGGAAAGUAGGUCUGUUAGGCUUUAGGUCCUCAAAAAACCUGUCAGCCUCCUUCAACUCAGAUCUUUCUUCUGUGAGACUAAGUGUGUCUCUAAGAAGGGUAAUAAGUCUAUCCACAGACCUGGAGUCCAGAGACCUGGAGGUAUGAUCAGCUUCCUCCUCACCAUCAUCUGAUACCUCCCAGACAUCAGGGUCCUCAUCAGAGCUGGAAGACUGAGGUUCCGCUCUGCGUCUCUUACUCGGACCACUAGUACCCGUGGUGGCCCUAAAGCCCUCAGCAAUAGCCUGAGAAAUCCAGAGCUUAAGGUCAUCUUGUGGAGAGCUCCUACUGGGGGCAUCAGCGACUUCCAACAAGCAUUCCCUGCAAAGGUUCCUUCCACUCGGAGCGGAUGAAGAACAAUUAAUGCAUUUAUUUGACUUAUCCCGAGAUUUUCUUGCUGGAGAGUCCAAAUGAACGCUGGGGCUGGAAAAAAGCCAUAUAUGACAUAUAUUACAGGCUCAGUAUGGCACUCUUUUAAUAACCCCCCCCCAACACACAUAAUAAAUGACUCACCUAUGUUUUCUAGAGAGGGAUCUUGCAGAGGCAGAGGGAGAAUCCAUACUACAAACAAGAAGCAAAAUAAAUUCAGGACCAAAAUUCCCCAAAGGGAAAGAGGCCAGCUGACCAGCAAAACUUCAACAAAAGCAAGAACCAGCAAUCCUACCUUAAGAGCAGAGCACCACUAUGCAUCCAAGAAGCAGACAGAAGAAGCUGGCAAGACUGGAAUUCCAAGCUUUUAGGUGAGAAACCAGAAAAGAGCAGCAUCAAUAGCACGAAGGGGGCUGUAUUAAUCCCCUUAAAUAGGUCCGGGCGGCGAACAGCUGACCGCCCGGUUCGCGCAUGCGCAGAGCGGUGGAACGCACGCUAUGCGUUCCACUCGCUCGCGACCGGCAGAACACUUCCGGUUUCGCCGGAACUGGCCGCAAACAGCCGGCUGGAACGCAAAUGCGUUCCAGCCCCCAAACCCCAAGCGCAAGAGGGGGGCCCAAGGAGAAGGGAACCCUGGGGCAUGUCCCAGGAACAGAGCAACAUACCCCCAAGCCAGAGAACAGGGAAGGGGCAAGAAGGAGGCAACAAGAUGAAGGGAGAAAGCUUUCAUCAUGGAUUCCCCAAGAACUGCCUACAAGGUAUGAGGGGGGGGGGUAUAUAACCCCAAUUAGUAGGGGCAGGUAGUAAACAGGGGAAUUUUUAAGGCUUAACCAACCCCACCAUAGACCAGAAGAAUUAGUGUCUCCCUCAAACACUUACUUCCCACGGUGCAGUUCAGUACUUACACUGAACCUGACCCAGUUAGUCCUGCUCAUGCAGGCUGUUUACUGGGCCCUUCAAAUGAAGAGAGGCUGAACUUCAUUUGGAACGAACCCACGACAAACGCAGGAAGGUGAGCCAUAAAACAAAAUUGUAAAAAAGUCCUGUAGAACCUGCUAAGGACAGGAAAAAAGACUGAGGUGUAAGGGGAGGAGGGACUCUUUAUACCUAUCAGUCUGAUUAAUUAAUCUAAUUAAUUCCUGUCCUGUGACUACUAAGGGAGGAGCUACCCAUAAGUGAUGCUGCCAUGAUUAGCCAGGAAUAAACCAUUAUCUCAGACUAAAAAAAAAAACACUGGAAAAAGCAUUAAACAAAUAGUAAACAGAAUCCAGAGUUAUAUAUCAGAACCUUUGAUUAAACUCCAUAACAAUAUCAUACUUCAACUGAUCACAUCUGGCUUAAAUCAGAUCUCACCCAACCUUUCCUUUACAGAAUGUCUCCCAAAUUCCAUCCCCUUUGUAUGGAAGCUUAUUGGAUAAUCGGUCUGAUAUGAUUUUUAUUGUCUGUGAUAGUUAGCAUGACAACUGCAAGAAUAACAAUGUAGAAGCAGUGUUUAUAUAGAUGCAUAAGUGCAAUGUAGGUCUUAAGUUUUGAAGUUGGCAAUCCACCAACCUCGGCACUUUUGAUUUGGUUUUGGUUAGUUUUACUUAUGCCCUGUUUCCACUGAGCGAUACGGUUCGAGUCGGUACGGUCUAGUACGCUAUUUUGAGUGUUUCCAUUAUGAAAGUGGACCAUACAACCGAACCAUACCGCACCAGUCCUGGGCCCUCCUCAGAUGUAGAUCCUUAGGAAAUGGUACGGUACGGUUGGGGCAGAGCUACUGGCGUCACACUAUACGAUCCAUUGAUUGGCGGACAGUAAAAUGUCAAUGCUCACGACAAAUAACAUGCUAUGCAUUUGGUCUAAACCCCGCAUGCCCACUGGCGGUCCGACUUGCAGUGGAAACGCUCACCUGAAUAGGCUGGACCAUUCUAACCCUUCCAAACUGUACCGACCCGAACCAUACCCCUUAGUGUAAACGAGGCAUUAGUUACUUUUGUCUAAUUAAGGAUCCCAUUAAACGGACGGUCUCUGUACUUGUCAAUUGUACAUACCUUGGCACAUUGCUAUAUGAUAAACCCAUAGUUACCUAAUAUAUGGGAAUGUACAUUGGGCUUUACUGCACCAUUUGAGUAUAGUGUGAUUGAACACUAAUCAAGCAAUAUACUACAUGUAGAUUAAAGCGGCACUGUCAUGCCGUACUUCCUCUUCUUUUCCUCUUUCCUAUAUUUUUUCCCCAUAGGGGCUACUUUGUCUAAUAUAUUUUUUCUACGGAUGAGAUUCUAUGACACUGUGUGGAGCUACCAUGUUAUUUCCGAUGGCUGCAGGGAAUUGGCUUUGUCUAUGGAGAAUGUGUGAUCCUCCAAAGACCUCAUUGCUGUACUCUCACACAUGUGUGAUAAUACAGCAGUGACGUCCGCUAAGAGGACACACCAGAUGAAGAUGGUGGUGCCCGCAAGGGGCAGGUUCAGUUAAGUAUACCUCACCAACCCCCUUCCCACAUCCACUGGACUUCCGGAGUGGAUGUCUCCAUCAGGGGUCUUUGCAAAGUCCAGAGACUGUGACAUUGCUGCUUUAAAUGUAGGAUAAUGUGGCUGGUAUUUAGUUAAACCGUAAUAGAGAAAAAAGAGCUGAGAUUCCUUUACAAGCCAAUAAUAGAUCCAGUUAUCGCUGUGUGCCAGCUAUCUAGGCCCAAACUGCCUUUAUGUUAUAUUAUCUACGUUACAAGGGAAACCUGGGGAUCUUUUUGAUUGUAAAAUAAACUGUUUUACAUUCAGAUUUCCUUGUGUAUUUUACUUUAUUUAAUUUGUCAAACAUACUGUAAAAUCUGCAGGCCUUUGCCAGCACUGCUCUGACAUGAGGUGUUACACUCAGCAUUGUUGUACUUGCUUGCCUCUACUUAAAUAAAGAAUUAAAAAUAAUAAUAGUAAUUUGCUCUUGCUGCCCAGUCGCUGGUUUAAAUAUUUAGCAGACAUACAUGGCAGGUGGGGGCAUAAGGAAGCUUUAAUACCACUUAAAGUAACAUGGGGGUCUUCUUGCCAAAGGCGAUUUACCUUUUGUUUAAUGUGGCGGCAGGCUAGCAAGUGCUAUUAAUACUAAUUACUAAAUUAAUACUAAUUAGCUUUGCAAUACAAUAUUAUCCUUUUUGCUCCAAAAGUACCGCUGUGCAGUGUGUCUGGUGGGAGAUUUCUGUGAGUUGUAGAAAUCUGAUGUUUGAACUGCAGUUCCCAGAAUAAUAAAGCUGGAUUCAAACAACACUUUUUAUGGAAAAUGUUCAAGAAUAGCAAGGUUUUUUUUUUUCGGUUUUCAUUGUAAAUUCAGCAAAGUUUGGAUUUUUGCAGGGACCUUAAAUUAUAUAUAUAUAUAUAUAUUUUUUUUUUAAGGACCACUAAGACACCCAGACAACUUAAUCUCAAUGAAGUCGUCUGGGUGCAGUGGUUGUGUAGUUUUAAUCCUGCAAUGCAAAGCAUUGUCAUUUAGUAGAUACAUUUAAACAUUGCUGCAUACCUGUCAAAUUCGGUUCUCACAGCUAACCUCCAAUAGGAAUGAGGUGCUGCCGCACAUGUACUUUUCAUACCCAGUGCUCCUUUAUUAAGAGCAUUGAAUUGGACAUUUAGAAGCUUCGGCAUGUUAUCGCGGGAGGCAGAUUAAGCGGAUGCAUAGACUCGUUCUUCCUGCUGUAAAAAAAGGUUAGCAAAACUUUUUAAUUUUUUUUUCUUAUUUGAGAGGGGAGGUGGCUGAAGAUAAAUAAAGAGGACAACACUGUAGCGUAAGGCAUAAACAUUGAUAUUCCUAGUAUUCCUUUAACAUUUUUUCUAAUAUUUGUAAUACACUAACAAUAUUUUGUCUAAUUAUCAUUAUAAUGCAUUACAAAAUAAGAAUGGGUCAAAUAUAGCCUGGGGUGGAUGAUGCAUUGAUUAGAGAGAACCUUGUCAUUAUAUAUACUGUCCAGUUUAUAUUUAUUUAAGUGACAUAAUCUCAGAUAAACUUAAAUGUCUCAAAUGAAGCUACAAAUAUGAAGAUUAAAGUGUUAAUUUGCAUAUAUUGCAUGGCAUUCUGGGAGUGAUGUAAAAGUGCAGUUUUUUGGAAUUGCUCCAUGUGGGGUUUUAUUGCACCCCAGUGAAAGUCAAAGUGAUUUUUAAUAAAAACUUUCUUUUAGUUUUUCACAACUCUGCUAUAUUUUUCUUUAUUUUGCAGUUUAAAUUUUUAUUUCACAGCUAUUUAUAUUGAAUUGAGUUUGGUCAUUUAACCCUUUGGGGUUUUUUUAUGUCAAAUUUUCAAAUUCCAGCUCUCUGCUGAAAAGAGUCACAAGGUUCCACUAGUGAAAAGCAAGACAAAUGUCACCUCUCACUUGAAUGAACAAUAUUUGUAUAUGUUUGACUCACUGAUGUAUGUUGGUGGGUCUGAUAUGGUGUUUGCUGAUACUCCGAUAUAUUUGGAAAGUACAGAAUGCCAAGAAGAUAAGCAUCAGGGACAUUUUGUGGGGUAAACUUUUAAAUCGUUUCUGAGAAUUUGUUUCACUGGAAUGAAACUGUUGGGUAGAUGGAAAAUACUGCAUUUUUAUCUGCUCCUUCAAGGGAGAACUUUCCUUUCCUCUUUCUUCAAAAUUGUCCAUUCCUUUCAGUAAAUUUGAAUGUUUCUGUUAAGUGGAAACGAAAUAUUUGGGUGAGUACUCUGGUCAGUGGGGCUGGAAGUAAAUCACACUCGUCUUUUCAAUAAACCAAAAACUUAGAUGUUGAACUGAGCAAUUACUGACUUCAUUUUUUUGUGUAUAAUGAAUAAACAUAGUGUGUGUGGCCAAAAUACUGGCUUUCCUUUCCCAGUAUCUCACACAAGCAAGAGUCCAAAAAAACGGAAUAGAAAAUUAGCAAGACUGGGGAAUAUCUCAUAGAUGGUCUUGUGCUACGCAAUAAAAUGAGACCAUAAAAAUGUAUUGCAUAGUACGCAAGAAGAUACCAGCUUCAAAAAAGGUGAAUGGUGGAAUUCGACCCAUUGAAUUUGUUAUUGCCAUUGCAUGUUUAUAUUAACUACAUAACGUUACUAGAUUCACAGUAUAAGGGGCAGUAUCUGGUUUAAUUACCUUCUAAGAUUGGUCCUGUUCUAAUUCAGAGACUCCUGGUGAAACCAGCCAAAUAUAUCGGAUUAUGUUACCGAUGUUAACCUACUUGGACACUUAAUAUAACAACUUUUAUAAAUUGUUACUACCACAUAAUUGGUUUUCUGUUUCUUGAUUUUAAGAAUUCUCUUGUACACAUUAUCAUUAUGUAUGUGAAGAGUAGGGAAAUAAGUGUUCAGUAUAAUUUACCUCCACUUAUAAUCUUAUUUUCUUAUGUAUUUAAGUUAGAAAAUUUCACCUUAUUGUAUAUUUUACUUGAACUCUAGGGUGGUUCUUUUCAUUUGCGGUACACAUCCUCCUUUUGUUGAAAUAGAUUGUUGCUCCUGCAUCUAGAAACAAUUAAAAUAACAGUAUAUAUCCCCCCCCCCCCCUUUACCCUCUAAAUAUAGAAAAAUCUUACCUUUAUUCCAGUCUGCUGGUGCUGGCUUUGCCUCUGAUCUGCCUCCUUGGUUGACAUCAGAAGUGCUCAACUGAGCCAAUAACAAUGCUUUCCCAUAAGAAAGCAUUGGAUUGGCUGCGAUUGCCAAGGAGGUGGUUAAGGGGCAGAGUCAAAUGCUACCCUGGCCAAUUGGCAUUUAGUCAAAGAGAUGCGCUGAAUCAAUGUAACUCUAUGAGGAAAGCUCAGUGUCUCACUCUGAGCAUCUGUGCAGCACUGCCCCAGGAAGCAUCUCUAGUAGCCAUCUGAGGAGAGGCCACUGAAGGUGUCCCUAUUAGGCUGUAAUGUUAAUACUGCCUUUUCUCUUAAAAGACAGCGUUUACUGUAGAAAGCCUGCAGGGACUGACAAUACUCACCAGAACAAAUACAUUAAGCUGUAGUUGUUCUGGUGACUAUAGUGUCCCUUUAAUAUCUAACAUUUUGUCCUACUGCUAAAGGGGGAUGGGAAGGGCAGCAAAGAGCUAUUUUUGUCUCAAAGAGGAACUUGCAAACCACAAGACCAAAACUUGGGAGGUGUGAGAAAUGGCACGGGUUUUGUACUUCACUCCUGGGCUUACUUUUACUUUUAUUUCCCUCAACCUUUCCCUCCUUGUUGUACAGUGGAUGAGUUAAGAGGAACCGUCUCUUCUCUAAAAAUUAUACCACUAAAUAAUCACUUAAAACUUGUAUUGACCUUUUAAUGUGAAGUUGUGUUUUCUUUUAAAUGUAUAUUAAACAUUUUGCAAUUUACAUCCCAAGUCCAGACACAAGCAGGUCACACAUUAACUUGAAGACGGAAACCAAAUUUUUGGUGGUCAAGUGUAAAAAUCAGUUUGUUUGUUUUUCAUUUUCCUGUAAUGCGCCAAUAUAAUCUGGCUUUCUGCCCCUUUUCAUUCCUCUUUUGGAUUUCGGCUCCUUUUUCUUACAGUGAUUUUACCAUUGAUUAAAUUCACAAAAUAAGAUUGAUUAAUACAAUUAAGGGAGGAAAAAACACACUGCUACUUGAAUUAUUUGUUACUCUUUAAACAAAAAGGAAGAUUGUGAACGAUGCUUAUCUGUAACAGAAAACCUACCACAGUUCGUGUCGUGAAAAAUUGUCAGAAAGAAAAUGCACACUUUAGCACCUUUUUUUUUUUAAAUACAUUAGAGACAACACAUUUGUAAACGAAAAAAAAUAAUAGAAUGGAAAAAUACAAUGGCCUUAAGGAGAAUAUUUUGACAGAGUAAGGAAUAUUUUGGCGCAAAUAAGAGAAUAAACAGGCACGUGUAGAACAAUCGUCCGUAAAACAGGAACAGCCUAUAUAGAGGGACCCCAGUUGUUCUAACUGACAGGUGUAAAGGGCAGCGCUUGUAACUAUUUAACACAGGGAGACAAAAUGGAGGCACUCAUCUCUCAGGAAUUUCUACAUGUAACUUUAUUUUAUACGUAAAUAUAAGUAAACAAAAACAAACAAAUUCUAGGAAGGGACUUUUUUUCACUGUAGUGAUAGCAGAUAACAAAAUACCGACAGAACAGUGUAUAAUUAAGUAAAUUCUGCCCCCCGGCAGACUGUUGUCUAAAAACUACAAUGAACAUUUUAUAGUUUUGAUUACCGCUUUGUGAGCUAAACACAGUGACAAAAAAAAAACCAAUGUCAAGGAAUCCCCCGAGGCUUGAUGCUAUUGUUCUGUCAGCGGCUCAAUGAACUAAAUAUAACUUUAUUUGACUUUCAAUUAAGAGUCCCUAUACUUGGUUAAGCGUUUCUGUCUUUUGCCUCCAGGACUUCGAACAGCAGCCAGACAUUGUCGUCCUGCCAUACCAUGGAGUCAUGCGCCCCAGAUGAAUUCUUCCAGUCCCUCAACCAUGCCGAGCAAACAUUUAAGAAGAUGGAGAAUUACCUCCGGCACAAACAGCUGUGUGACGUGGUCCUGAUUGCUGGAGAUCGCAGGAUUCCUGCACACAGGUAAAUCCUGCAUGAAAAUGUUAUAGUGACUAAUCACAUUGCCAGUGGUUGAAUAUUAUAAGAGGUCGCAAGGCGUUCACCCUUUUUAUGCAGGAUAACAUGGUGUAAUUUUUCACUCCUCUGCGAAACUUAGCAGCAAAAAUCACUUCCUCAUAACAAAGUGGGACAUUGACGCUGCCCACUGGAUUUUUGCAAAUGGUGAGAAAUGGCACUGUUUACAUUUUGCAUUUUUACCAAUUUAAAUGAAAUUAAUCUAUCUGAUAUCCAAUGUCAGCAUUUAAAAAAUAUGAAUUGAGUGAUUCUCAAAGAGAGAAGCAUUGGAUUGGCAGAUUAUGUGUCCUUAAUGCUUGUGAGAAGCCUCUAACUGGUCAGAAGUCAUCACAAAUGAUGACUGCACAGGAGGAGGAUUGGGCUGCAGUGAGGAGAUGUGCUGCCGCUGGCAUUGGAAUACUGGUAAAUUUAAUGGCUUUUUAAAAAUCUUUAUCAGACUGUUGUGGUUUUUUUUGUUUUUUGUUUUACAUUCUCAUUCUAGCUCAAACUACGUAUCUUGAACCAAUAUAUUAAAGUUGAAAACAAAAUCUCCAGUUCAGCUAAGCUAGAGAUUUUAUUUCUUUGUUAGUUUGGUCUAAAUAUUACAAGCUGUUUGGCAGUGUGACAAAGCUCACUGUUGAGUAAUGUUUGUUCGUUUCUGUCAAACCUUUUUUUUUCUAAAUGUUCAAUGAAAAAAAUAUAUAAUUCUUACCAAGGACAGGAUGUAUGAGCCAUAGAAAAAGGCUACAAUGCUAAUUUUUUUUUUUUUUUUUGUUUGUUUUUUUUUUUUUAAGAAAAUAAAGCGUUUGCAAUCAUUAUAAUAUUUUAUUGCCUUGGGGAAUUUAGUCAAGUUUUUGAGAAACUGCAAUGUUUACAUUGCAGUACUAAGACAGGCCCUUCCGGGAGUUGACCAUAUUUUAGGUCACCUAACUGACCCUGGACGUCCUCACGCUGUGCAUGAGGACAUCCAGUGUCCGUGAAUUCCCCAUAGGAAAGCAUUGAGGCAGUUUUCCUAUUGGGGGGGCCUAAUGAGCUCCAUGCACAUUAGGUCUUUCCUUCGGAGUGCCACCCCAGCGCCAAGGGAGAUUGAUGUUGGAUUUUGGUGAGUACAUAAAGUGUUUUUAACCCUCUAUGUUCCACGGAAGGGGGGAGGGACCAAAGGCACUAUAAUGUUAGUAAUACAGAUUUGUAUUCCUAACACUAUAGAAUCCCAUUAACACUGAAAUCUGACAAUAUGCUUGUGCAACCUAUUAAACUGUAAUAAAUCCUAUGAUUAUUCAACUAUUUAUUAGCCAGCUGCUAAAUGUGUAAUACGGAGCUGUAAAAAAAGAAAAAAUGCAUCUCUUCUAUGAGAAUGUCAUGUGAGUAUUUGAUUUCAUUGCUCUGCACUCUGACACUCUUAAGAGUUAAAGGAACACACACUUUAGGCACCCAGAUCACUUCAUCUCAUUCCCGUCCCCUAAGCGCCGCAGUGUAAAACAUUUUAGAGAAACUGCAAUGUUUACAAUCCAGUAUUAAGACUGCAUCUUGGGGCUACCAGACAGCCACUAGAGACGCUUCCUGCAGUUUCACAGAGUUUGACCCUGUGAAACACCGCUGGACGUCCUCUUGCUGUGCAUUAGAAAAUACCUAUAGGAGAGCAUUGAGGGACAUGCUCAUUAGGUCCCCCCCAUCAGUUGAAAAGGAGCCCGUCACAGUGAGGUGGGACAUCAGCUUUGUAUUCUAACACUAUAGUUUUCUUUAAGAGAGCAAAGUGGGCUGUUGGCUAAGUGACCAAGUGACUGACCGUACAUGAAAACUGUUAUGGCCUGCUGACUACCACAUUACAUUUAAAGCAGGCUGUUAUUAAGACUUCUUAAUUCUGUUCAUCAGUAUGUCACAUGUGUGGCUGCUUUCCAGAAUCAGGUCACUUGUGGUGUAAUGACGGCUGAGAGCAGAGACUUAAUGUCACAGAAUGCUGGGCCUUUUUGACAUUGACGUCUUGCUUCUGUGGAUUUAACCACCUGACUGCUGGAAGAAUAUAUACCGUGCUACGAGCAAAUGGUUUUGAAUGCAUUAAUUAAUGGAAUUAGCUGCCUGUAGGGUUUUUGCCUUGUUUUAAACAGGCCGCAUUCCAAAAAUACCAUCAUAAACAUUUAAAACGUACUCCUCUAUUGCAAAUAGUACAUUGGUAGAAGGAUAAAGGAGAAUGAGAUAAGUUAUACUCUUCUUGGUGCAAAAUGAACAAAACAAUAUAGUCAAACUUUGCGAUCCCAGAAAUGUUUGACAAAAUAAACAUUUGAUUGUCAAAUAUUUUGUUAUUUUGAUUUGUGUACUUGGUGCAGAACUAUUCGGUUCACUGUACUUUAGCAUAAACCAUAAAUACCAGACUAAUACCAGGUUUAAGUUAAAAACAGACUAGAACCAAGCUGAUCUCUUUCCUGUGUCUCGCGUUGCACAUCUGUAGAACACGGCAGGAUUCCGUAUCAGAAUGAAACGUACAUGUCUGGGGUCGCUCUUAUUCAUGCGAUCAAUAUAAUUAAUUUUGCAGUAAACAAAUAAAGACCAAGACAGGGUGCAGACAUAGUCAGAAACACAUGGUACAGAUAUAAGUAUGGUUGAAAUAAUAUCGUCCUACACAAGCUAUGCUCAGUAAAUGCAGGGAAUAGUGUGCAGGUUUUGGGUUCUAAGUGAGGGAGGUUAAGAGGAGAAACUGGAAAUAAUGAGGGUAGGUGAAAGACGUGAAACACCCAAUGUGGCGUAUAAGGUGUAAGCGAAUUGGGAGAUGGACAGGAGAUGAGUGAGAAGGUGAACAGGCCUGAGUCCAGCAGUACAUUUAUUAAUGAAGUGUUCAGUCGGAGAUGUAUCUGUCAAAUGUAAACUUAAUUAAUCUUUACAUAUUGAAAUAAUUGAUAAGCAGCCCGAAUGAAAUAUUUCCUUGUUUCUAUUUCUGUUUUCAGGCUGAUUCUCUCGUCUGUUUCGGACUACUUUGCCGCCAUGUUUACCAGUGAUGUCAGGGAGGCGAAACAGGAAGAGAUCAAGAUGGAAGGAGUGGAACCUAAUGCACUCUGGGCAUUAGUGCAAUAUUCAUACACAGGUAAUGUGCUGGUAAUUUGACAAUAAAUCAUUUUAACUGAAUAUAUAUCUUUACAGGAAACUCCAAUGUUAAAUAUUAUAUAGCGUUAUCAUUUUUGCAUUGUACCUUUAACUCUAUCCGUGCCAAUUGCACACUUCCUAAACUUAAAAAAACCUUUUUAUCCAAAGGCGAGUCCUGUCUCUUUCUCCAUUCCGCCCCAUGAGACUAUUUCCCCUUCCUUUCUGGAUGGAUUCGGCACAUGCCAAUCAGAUGCAGAGAUUGACUAAUAGAAUGCUUCCAUAUGGACGUUCUCACUUCUGCUUGACCAGCCAUUCUAGUAAAGUGAAGUGCAGUUUCCCUCUAAAGCACUUCACCAAGCAAUGGUUUGGAGUGUUCCUUCCAAUAGUUUGAGUAUAAUUAUCUGAAUGCUGAUCAUACAGCGCUUAAAGACAGUUUUGGCAUGUAACCUGUACGUACACUUUCUGGCCUUUUAAUCAAAGGUUUUAUCACAUCUGUGUUGAAACUAAGCACUCUUUCUUUUGUGUAGAUAAUAUAUGUAUAUUAAGUAUAAGCAUUAAAUAAGCGUGCAUUAAACAGAAGUUGGAAAAGUAAUUUCUAAUUCUAAAUACUUUUAUGGCAACCUCUUGUCUGCUAUUAUAGCAGAGAUUAACUGUAAAGAUUUCAGCAACCUUCUGUUUUAGGAAGAUCAGCCUGAAGCAAUGAUACUCUGUGUAUAACUGGCACCACUAUCAUCCUUCAAUUUAAAUGUAUUUAAUGUGCCUAUUCACUUGAACUGAAGUAUUUAUUGUAUUCUGCUUUCUGCCAUAAAGCCCUUAUCCAUCUUGGUGUAGCUUCUAUGCUGUUCUGAACAGAUUUACCUUUUCAUAACGCCUUAUAACCAAUUCAUCAGUGAAAUGGAAUUCUUUGUAAAAGUGUGAAAAAGAACACUCCAAGCACCAUCACCACUACAGUGUCAAACAGAUAGGGACACUGCACCUUCAUUGAGAUAACGUUAUCUGUGUGACUAUAGUGUCCCUUUAAUGUUAACACUUAACCAACCCACCAACCCACCACCUAACCAUAUACCAACCCCAAAGCUAUGCUUAUACUAAGCGUGUAGCUACCCUAAUCUUACCCUUAAUCCUACACUAUCCUAACACUAAAACAGCAUUAACCCAAACUCAGCAGUAACCCUUUCUCUAGCUGUGGUGUUAUAAAUGGCCUUAAAGGGCUCUAUGCAGCGUUGACUUUCUGCACUCAUCGGUCCAUCCCGAGCCACUAAAAGUGGCCCAGCUAACAUAGGGGAUGCCAAGGUAUCCAAUAAUACCAGAGACUCUCUGGUGUGAGCAUGGAUUUAACCCUGCUCACACUAAAACUGCAGGACGAGUCCGUACACUCUAAACCAGUGAUGGCUAACCUUGACACCAUAAAUUGUUAAUGGACUACAUUUCCCAUGAUGCUCAGCUAGCUUUUAGACUCUAAAAGCUAGCUGAGCAUCAUGGGAAAUGUAGUCCACAAACAAUUUAUGGUGUCAAGGUUAGCCAUCACUGCCCGAAACUAAUUAAAGCCCAGUAUAGUUAAUUAGGACAUACUGACAUGUCCUUACAUCGUCAAAGUGUUAGGAAGUGAAAAUAACCUAUUUAGGUUAACAUGAAUAAGUGUAAUUGAUUUUUAUAAUCUCAUAGGAAGCUGAAACUAAAGCCUAAUUCUAAACAACUGUACAAGCUUUGAAAAGAAAGGCAUUAUCUAUUAGGGAUCGACCGAUUAUCAGUUUUACCGAUAUUAUUGGCCGAUAUUCGGUAUUUUCGGCAAUAUCGGUAUCUGCCAAUAAAGAUACUGAUAUUGCCGAUAAUACAUACCAGGACCGCUGGGCUCAUUACAAGCCCGGCGGUCCUGGGGGGGCUUCAGCAAGUGCUUACUUACCUUUCCUGCAGCUCCUCCAGCUCCCUGUGUAAAUCUCGCGAGACCUGCGGCCGUCAGAGCAUUGCUACGGGUUACCAUGGCAAGGCUCCGCGCAGCACACAGGCUGCGAGAUUUACACAGGGAGCUGGAGGAGUUGCAGGAAAGGUAAGUAAGCGCUUGCUGCCAGCCCCCUCACUGCUCAGCCAAUGCCGGUGGACAUGGGCCCAACAAGUACCACAUGGGCAUGAAAGGCAUUUAUAAAACAUCCAUCAAGGAAAUGUUACAACACAAAAUUCCACAAUUUAUGGCAAAAAGGUCUUGGGUUUUUUGGGGGGAGGGGGGUGGGAGAAAUGUAAGAAUUGAGGAGAUAAUGCAGCAAGUAAAAGAAGAAGUAAUUAGGUGGCUUUCUGCAAUUUUCAGACUGCAAUUCCUACCAUUUUCAGUCAGUCCUAGGAACCCAAAAGGCUGUGUUUAGUUUAUCAACAAUUACAUAUCUGUACAAUAUUUUGCAGUGAAUGUAGUGUGUGUGUAGGGAAUGCAGUGUGUGUAUAGGGAAUGCAGUGUGUGUAUAGGGAAUGCAGUGUGUGUAUAGGGAAUGCAGUAUGUGUAGUGUGUGUAUAAUGAAUGUAGUUUGUGUGUAUAGUGAAUGUAGUUUGUGUGUAUAGUGAAUGUAGUGUGUGUAUAGUGAAUGUAGUGUGUGUAUAGUGAAUACAGUGUGUAGUGUGUGUGUAUAGUGUGUGUAGUGUGUGUAUAGUGAAUGCAGUGUGUGUAGUGUGUGUGUGUAUAUAAUGUAGUGUGUGUAUAGUGAAUGCAGUGUGUGUAGUGUGUGUGUAUAGUGAAUGCAGUGUGUAGUGUGGGUGUGUAUAGUAAAUGCAAUGUGUUUGUGUAGUGUGCAUAAAGUGAAUUCAGUGUGUUUGUAUAUAAUGAAUACAGUGUGUAGUGUGAAUAUAAUGCAGAGUGUGUAGUGUGUGUAUAUAAUGUAAUGUGUGUAUAUUAUGCAGUGUGUGUGUGUGUGUGUGUGCAUAUAAUGCCCACACUACACACUCCGCAUUAUAUAUGCACACACUACAUUAUAUACACACUACACACUGUAUUCACAAACACACUGCAUUCACUUUACGCACACUACACACACUGCAUUCACUAUACACAUACACUACACACUGUAUUCACUAUACACACACUACACACUGUAUUCACUAUACACACACUACACACUGCAUUCACUAUACACACACACUACAUACACUGCAUUCACUAUACACACACACUACAUUCACUAUACACAUACUACACACACUGCAUUCACUUUACACACCACACACUACAUUCACUAUACACACACACACACACACACACUCUGCAUUCAUUCUAUACACACUACACAAACACUCACUGCAUUAACUAUACACACUACACAAACAGACACAGCUCCCCUGUCUAAACACACUACAUCCACUACAUGUGGCAUGUAUAUUCUGUGCAUUUACCUUUAGAAAUAGUUUAUUUUUUUUAAAUGGUAAAUGUACAGAAUAUCAGCAAGUUAUCGGCUAUCGGCCUGAAAGUUCACCGAUUAUCAGUAUCGGUAUCGGCUCUAAAAAAUCAAUAUCGGUCGAUCCCUAUUAUAUUUUGCAUUUACCUGACUUUUUUCACAAAGUGCAACAAGUGUAGAGAUCAAACAGCAGGCAUCUAUACACACAUUUACAAUGAAUGACAUUUCCUGUCUUAAGGUUUUACUGACGUACUUACAUCCGGUUUAACAGGAGUUUAAAUAUUUUAAUCAGCUUUUACGGGAAGGAUCAAAGUCGUACUAUUAACUUAAACCUGCAGGAUGCAUUCAGGAAGUGAGGUUUGGACGCGGGCAUGGGCUCCUUUAUAAUAUUUGGCUCCCUUUUGGCGCCCCAUUUUUUUUGGCAUCUUUGGUUGUUUGCCACACUCCAAGUGUCUCAUAAAGCAUGCAUUAACAGAAGAAAUGUUCUCUGUGGACAUUUAAAAAACCUAAGUUGUUGAUACAGCGUAUUCUUUUAGUGGAUAAUUUGAGGUUGUGCCAACCGAUAUCCAGCGCUUUGAUCCAGUUAAGAAUACACAGCUUGCAAAAUGUUACAUAAACUUCCAAAAUAUAUAUAUAUUUCAGUAGAGUUCGUAUUAUAGCCAUUUGGCCCACAUUUUGCAACACAUGUUCUCAAUUCACCACAACUGAAGUGUUUACUGCAUGGAGUCCUUCACAAUCAGACUUAUUACUGGUACAAUUUGAUUUUUGCCUCUAGCUCCUGCAGGAUCACAUUUUGCGAAAUAAAUGUUUAUCUCCUUUCACUUGAAGGUGGAAAACGUUUGCUAGUGGCUAGCUCAGUGUUAUUGGUAAAUUAAAGAGACAUGUCAGUUAGAGAACCGGGACUGUCCCUGUGCAGAUUGCUACAGAAGUUCUAUAACACGAGCCAGAAAAGGCCGUGGGUGUCCCCAGUGGUGGGCCACCAGAAACAAAUCACAGAUUGGCGGGACAGGUUUCCGAAAUCAAGACUUUCCUGCAAAUCAGGACUGCUGAGAGCUGUGAUACUGUUGUGGGAGCAAAAUAGGAAGUAAGAAUGACUUGGCCAAUUGCGGCAAGUCAACGACCUCUUGCCAUGUGCUAUUUUUUUGUAAACAAAUCCCAUGCAAGGCAAGCCGUCUGCUUAAUAGGAAGUCAGAGCUUUUAGGAAGUCAGAGCUUUUACAAUUUACAGAUCUUAAGCUGUUUUUAUUAUGGUUUUCAAAAUGUAUAUUACGUAUUUCAUUCUAAGCCAAGAACUGUUUCUCGACCCCUUGCAGUUAGUCAUUUUUAUAUUUUGAAAAUCCAUAAUAUUUUGUAAUUAGAAUCUGUGUCUGUGGAUGUUCUUCCAGGUCGACUUGAGCUAAAAGAAGAUAACAUCGAAUGUCUGCUGUCUACGGCGUGUCUCCUGCAGCUGUCUCAGGUGGUGGAAGCCUGCUGCAAAUUCUUAAUGAAACAACUCCAUCCCUCCAACUGCCUGGGAAUUCGCUCCUUUGCUGACGCACAAGGAUGUACCGAUCUGCACAAGGUGGCUCAUAAUUACACAAUGGCAAGUGUUAGACGUCUCCCUUGCAUGUAGCAAAGACUCAUAUUGUCAUUAUACUCUGCUAUGGUGGGGAAUUGGGGAUGAUAUCCCACAGAUGAAAACCUUUAGAUUGAUCUCAAUAGCAGGGAAAGUGAGGGCCGGGUUUAUACUGGGUGUUAAAGCAUAUAGCUUGCCACCACCCCAUGUUUCAAUAUUAUGGAUAUUAGAUCAACCCUUUUAGGAGUUGUAUACUAUUAAUGUUGCUAUGGUAAUAGCAUUACAGGUGAUACUUGAAAAAUUAGAAUAUCGGGCAAAAGUUCAUUUAUUUCAGUAAUGCAACGUAAAAGGGGAAACUAAUAUAUGAGAUAGACGCAUUACAUGCAAAGCAAGAUAGUUCAAGCCAUGAUUUGUCAUAAGUGCGAUGAUUAUGGCUUACAGCUCAUGAAAAUCACAAAUCCACAAUCUCAGUAAAUUAGAAUAUUACAUGCAAUCAAUAAAACAAGGAGUGUACAUAGAACAAUAUCGAGCCUCUAAAAAGUAUAAGCAUGCAUAUUGACUCAGUACUUGGUUUGGGCCCCUUUUGCAGCAAUUACUGCCUCAAUGCGGCGUGGCAUGGAAGCUAUCAGCCUGUAGCACUGCUGAGGUGUUAUGGAAGACCAGGAUGCUUCAAGAGCAGCCUUCAGCUCUUCUGCAUUAUUCGUUCUUGUGUCUCUCAUCUUUCUCUUGGCAAUGCCCCAUAGAUUCUCUAUGGGGUUUAGGUCAGGUGAGUUUGCUGGCCAAUCAAGCACAGUAAUCCCACGGUCAUUGAACCAGGUAUUGGUGCUUUUGGCAGUGUGGGCAGGUGCCACGUCCUGCUGGAAAAUGAAGUCAGCAUCCCCAUAAAGUUUGUCUGCGGAAGGAAGCAUGAUGUGCUCCAAAAUCUCCUGGUAGACGGCUGCGUUGACCCUGGACUUAAAGGACCACUCUAGGCACCCAGACCACUUCAGCUUAAUGAAGUGGUCUGGGUGCCUGGUCCAGCUAGGGUUAACCCAUUUUUUUUAUAAACAUAGCAGUUUCAGAGAAACUGCUAUGUAUAUGAAUGGGUUAAGCCUUCCCCCAUUCCCUCUAGCGGCUGUCUCACUGACAGCCGCUAGAGGCGCUUGCGUGCUUCUCACUGUGAUUUUCACAGUGAGAGCAUGCCAGCGUCCAUAGGAAAGCAUUGAUAAUGCUUUCCUAUGUGACCGGCUGAAUGCGCGCGCAGCUCUUGCCGCGCGUGCGCAUUCAGCUGACGGGGAGGAUUGGAGGAGGAGAGCUCUCCGCCCAGCGCUGGAAAAAGGUACGUUUUUACCCCUUUCCCCCUUCCAGAGCUGGGCGGGAGGGGGACCCUGAGGGUGGGGGCACCCUCAGGGCACUAUAGUGCCAGGAAAACGAGUAUGUUUUCCUGGCACUAUAGUGGUCCUUUAAUGAAGCAUAGUGGACCAACACCAGCAGAUGACAUGGCUCACCAAAUCAACACAGACUGUGGAAACUUCACACUGGACUUCAAGCAUCUUGCAGUGUGUGCCUCUCCAUUCUUCCUCCAGACUCUGGAUCCUUGGUUUCCAAAUGAGAUGCAAAAUUUACUCUCCUCAGAAAAGAGGACUUUGGGCCACUGAGCAACAGACCAGGUCUGUUUUUCUUUAGCCCAGGUAAGACAUUUCUGACGUUGUCCCGUGUCCAGGAUCCGUCUGUGUGUGGUGGCUCUUGAUGCUCUGACUCCAGCUUCAGUCCACUCCAUGUGAAAGUCCCCAACACACUUGAAUGGCCUUUUCCUGACAAUCCUCUCCAGGCUGUCAUCCCUGCUGCUUGUGCACCUUUUUCUUCCACACUUUUCCUUUCCACAUAACUUUCUAUUAAUGUGCUUUGAUACAGCACUUUGGGAACAUCCAAAUUCCUUCUCAAUUACCUUUUAAGGCUUUCCCUCCUUAUAGAGGGUGUCAAUGAUGGUUUUCUGCACAACUGUCAGGUCAGCUGUCUUCCCCAUGAGUGUGAUUCCUACUGAACCAGACUGAGAGACCAUUUAAAGGCUCAGAAUUUUGCCUGUGUUAUGGCUUGUGUCGAAAUGCCUUUUGUCACUGGAUUUUUAGGUGUCAAACUGCCCUUUGUCCCUGGCUUUUGGAGGAGCCUGAUUGCCAGCCUCCUGCCUCAUGACUAUGGCCCUGGGAUGUAUGGAUCUUUAAAAACCCUAUUUGCAUUCAUGGACUUUUAAAAGACUGCAUUCGAAUGGGACUUAGUCGUUUUUUCUAUGUAAACUGACUUUAACAUUGGAAAUAGACCGGCCGCACAGCCAAACUCUGUGGAACUGUUUUGGGCAGGAAAUCCUGCGUGCAGUCAGUCGGUCAAAAGAGGCUUCCCUAAAACUUUAACCCCAUGGCAAAUUUACUUUGUUCGUGGUAUCGGAGUGCUGUUCACCUAUAUUGGGUGCUCAGAUCCGAGCUAUCUGGGGAUAGGUUAAACGUGGGGGUUCGGGGUAAUAUAAUAAGAAUUAUGUAUUUUUAUGUGCUUUUAUGUAUUUUUGCUGUUAGUGUAAAAUGUAGAUAUUUUCUGUACCUGGAGAUAAUUGAGUUUACUGCAGUUCCUUAAGCCAAUUAUCUCCAGGAUAGAGAGGAGGGAUUUCACUGUGUAUGUGGGAGUGUUAUUUUAUUAAUUAGUGUUCCCAUAGUUUACCACCAGGUCCAGGGGGUGUGCCUCUGUCCUGAAAACUUGUAUAUAAGCAGUAAUAAACGCUCAUUAGAGUCAGAUCAUCUUGUACCUUCAUGAAGUUUCGGCUCAUGUUUGGGGGAUUGGAGAACUACACUCUGGGGAUUGCUAUAAUCACUAUACUUCCCAGGGUAUAAUCACAAAGCUCUGUUCUUUCUCUCUGGAAUUCGGAGAGGUUAACCUACUGGAAGCUGGACCCUGGUCUUGGGUCCAGAGUGGGUGGAGACGGCGAGACCCCAACCAAGCUGCUGCGGUUUGUGGGGUCUGCAGUGGUUAUGGUGUCAGGUGGAGUGCUUGUAGACCUCGGAAAGCACUGGGAGCAUCCGUCAGCACGUUUAGUUAACAGUACCUUAAGUGGUAAUUUUGGGGAACUAAGGAAUAGCACAAUUGUAUCUAACCCCAAAAAUGUAAUCCAAUGCCACGUAUUACUAUAAUAUUAAUAUUAAUAAGUGCGUUAUGAGUAUACGGUAUCCAAAGGCAUUCAGCGACAAUGGAUGUAACAAAAACCUGAAAUGUGUCCUUUUUGAAACAUUCAUGUAGACAAAUGUCACAUUCGUGAUCCUGAAAAAAUGUCAGGUUAAGGCAAAUAAAUAUAUAUCUUUGUUUCAGGGCUUAAAAUUUCAAGCCCCUUGUUAUUAUCCAGGUCUCAGAGGGUGAAUGGACACACACUGCUAAGUGAAUUUCUCCUUACCAAUGGCUAGGUGUGGUGCCUCCUUGCAGGGAACCAGAGUGUCACUGCUAAGGACUCUCUUUCGGAUAAUGACUAUUGCCAAAUGGUAAUAGCAGAGGAUUAUAGCUGUUAAGCAGGUUCACACUAGCCGAGACUUUGUGUAGGGUGAAGUAGAAAUGUUUCGUUUUUUGCAACAAUGGUCACACUUUUUACCUGGGGCCUCAACCGGAGGUUUCCAGGAGAACAAUAGCAUUGCGACAUACCCGGCACCCUGGUGUCUAUACCUGAGCAUGUAAUCUAAUUAACGGCCAGACACAUUUGCUUUGGAUUAACAUUAUACACAAAAUAAAUAGGUUCCCAGGUCCACAUCCCCAAACUAAUGGUGUCUCCAGUAAGCUCUCUUCUGAGAGCCCACUCUGUCCAAAAAGUGCUUGGAUCGGAGUUGGCUGGCCCGAGUUAGCUAGAAGUUUUGACCGGUCCUUGACCAUCUUGCAAUACAGCGCAGAGUUCCAUAGCACUGGGUGGUAAACCCAUGUCACCUAAAUGAUGGCACUUUUUAUGGGUACAUAGAGCUCUCAAGUCCUGGGUACCAUUCGAUGCCUUGCCACCUUCUCUAUCACAGCUCCAAAUAGCGCUCUAAUAGAUGUUUGUGGGACAGAGACAACGUUUUACCAGACUGCGGCUAUUCUGUGAUCCGAUUAAGAGUCCCAGAGUGAAUGGUGGUUACUACCGGUCAGACAAGCCGUGCCUCUGUAACCUUCCUGCGGGUCUUCGAUGCCUUUUGGGUCACUGGAUGGGUAAACAUGGUAAAAAUAGCUCUUUUAGAGGGAGAUGGUUGUUGGGAGACAUGUACCAUCCCUGGGUGAAUGGCUGUUCUAUCACACUAGGAAAUUUUCGCCCGCUUUAUUUAAUUAGGUUUUUUUUUUUCCAAUCACCAGAUUUCUUUUUAGGCAGAAAUUGCCAAUGUUGAGACAACUCUGCUGUAGUCCCAGUUUGAGUAUUUUAGCGUACUUUUUACAACUCAGUUCAUAGUAUUUGAAUUCACUACAAUUUAGUGACUGACAGAGGUUUGUUGAUCUAGUUAUCUGCCUGCUUUUUCUAGUGAAAAUAGAGUGUGUGUCCUGUAGUAAAUAUAUGAGAAUUUUGUAUUUUUGUAUUGUUUUUUUUCUUGGUUGGUUGGAAUGGGCAUGCUUUGCACCAUCUGCAUUUUGCUGUGCUCGGGUGAUUAGGUAUUCAUAAUAUGCUGUCACCAGCUCUUAUUUAUGUUUCUUUUCUGCAGGAAUAUUUAAAUUAGCUCCAUAUGACAGAGGGUUUUAAAGAAAUAAUAUGCUGUUCCAGAUGGAUGUCUCCCCAGGUCCCCUUUGAUGUCGUUUAGAUGAGUGUUGAGCAGAAACUGAAUUUUAAUAAUAAUGAGAAUUUUUAAAAUAUCUCGGCUGGAGAGAAAAGCUGGGUUUUCAAAAAAGCAAUCCUUUUCCAGACACGCUUUAAAUGUUACUGUGACUUGUACCAUUAUUGUCCUUUAUAUAUAAUAAGGGGAUACGCUUUUCAGAGCUAUACAGUUACAGUACACACAACUCUACACAGGGUGCAAUAAACACUGGAAAUUAAGAUAUGAACAAUUUCAGAUGUUCCUAUCCACAACUUUGCAACUGUACUUUCUCAACUUGAGCAACCAUACAAAAUUUUUGGUACUUAAUUAAGCAGAGGGACCCAGGACAUGGGCACAUUAUUGCAACAUUUAUGCUUUAAUGGACUCUAAGAAGCCUAACCACUAUAGCUCGUUCUAGUGGUUAUAUCACCUAGGAGGUUUGCCUUUACGUGUCAGGUGAGCCUCCAGUUAUUUAAAUGUGCAUAGGGAUUUGGGAUAGUGUGCGAGUAACUAUAUUUUUUAAAAUGUAUUUUGCCUAGUGUGUCGUGGCGCCAUCUGCAGGUUUAAUGAAAAGCUGUUUAGGAAUAGACAGUGGUGGUUCCGUGUGCUUGGGGGUUAUGUUGUUUAGAGAGCCCCUUUAAUAUUACUGAUCUGGGAUAUAAACAUUGAACAAACUAUCCUUAGUAGAGAGAGCUAUGGUCCCCCCUAUUCCCACAGCCCAUGUGCUUUGUUGGGGUUGGGAGACAUAAUACUGUUCAUGCUUAUGGUGAUAUAAUGGUCAUGGACGGUGUCUAAUUUCUCUCACAUUGCAAGUGCAAUCCUCAUACACAAAGUGCAAAUUGGCUGCCCAGUCUGGUGGCGCUAACCGUGAACAUACCCAAUCCCAACAUAAAAGGCAGAGGAGGUACCUAGAUUUCCUGGUGGAAUGCAUAAAAAUGUUAAGUAAUUAAAUAUGUACAUGAUAAUCUUCCAUAAAUUUACUUGGUAAAAAUUACUUGAUUUUUAUGGUUCCUAAAUUCACUCAUACCCAAGAAAUUGCAUCUUCUUGAAACUGGAAUUCUUAAAAAUAAAAACCUUCAAAAAAAACCCAAAAAACUUUGAACUUAAAAAAAAAAAAAAAAAUGCACGCACAGACAAAACGGUUAUUGCGCACACAGUGGUUAUAACAUAAUCAUAUAAAGGAAAAACAUCAUGUUGUAGUAUGUAAAAUCAUGAGAUCAAAUGGACCACUCACAAUAUUCAGAGCCUGUUAUAAGUUGGCAUUGAACUGUGAAAGCACCAAAUCACCUUUAAUAAUAAUCAUUGUGAUUGGUUGUAGAAUUAAAAAAAAAAAAAGAAAAGUGGCUUUGUAGAUAUUUUCAAAGAAUACAGAUAAAUCAACAAAUAAUUUCAUACAAAGUAGAGACACCCCGAAUGCCGUUAUAUUGUACAUUCGUGGGAGAAAAAUAUUUUACGAGCUGAACUUGUUGUUAAUUUUGUUUAAAGUAUGGAAUCUCUUUUUCAGGAGCAUUUCAUGGAAGUAAUCAGGAAUCAAGAGUUUCUGUUGUUGCCAGGAGGAGAGAUUUCUAAACUUUUAGCUAGCGAUGAUAUGAAUAUUCCCAAUGAAGAGACCAUUCUUAACGCCUUGCUAACAUGGGUCCGCCAUGAUGUGGAACAGAGACGGAAAGACCUUAGCAAAUUGCUGGCGUUUAUCAGGCUACCACUACUGGCACCCCAGGUAUGUACUAUCUCUUACUAUCAUAAUUAUUAUAUACAACUGGCAUUAUAUAUAUAAAAACAUUUUGGCGCCAAUUGAAUGCUCGUAAUGAUCCAUUACUGUUGCCCUGGAAGUGCUCUUUUUGCAAGGAAUCUCUCUCUAUGACUAUUUGUCAUUUAGGAAAAAAAUACAUUAAAAUGAAACCGUAACUGAUGUAAAUGACUUUUUUUUAAAUUUUUAUUAUUAUUCUUUAUUUUUGUUGUGCUCAGUUAACAAACAGACCUGCUUUUCCACAACAGCAAGAGCAAGAUCAGUCAAACACAUAUCAUAACAGUGUGGCAGUCUAGAUAUUAGCACAAUUUUUGGUAUAUAGAUAACACAAUAAUGCAAAUGUCAGUGAUUCCUAUAACCGUAGCAGGCAAAGCUUUAAGUACUGGAACUGACAUCUUAAAAGGACACUCCAGGCACCCAGACAACUUCUGCCCAUUGGAGUGGUCUGGGUGCCAACUCCCACUACCCUUAACCCUGCAAGUGUAAUUAUUGCAGUUUUCAUAAACUGCAAUAUUUACCUUGAAGGGUUAAGUCCUCCUCUAGACAGCCACUAGAGGACACUUCCGUGUUCAUAGAACACGAAAAGUGUGUUAUAACGUCGCUGGACGUCCUCACGCUAUGUGAGGACCUCCAGCGUCGCUGAAAUCCCAAUAGGAAAGCAUUGAAAGCAUUAGGUCUCCGCCGGCCGCACAUGCUCAAUAGGUCUCCCCUGCCGGAAGACAUCGGCGGGGGAGGAGCGUGGGCGGACCCUGACCCAGCGCCGAGGGUCAUCAGCGCUGGAAACAGGUAAGUCACUGAAGGGGGUGGGGGGUGGGAGGGAGACAAUCCGUUUUCCUGGCACUGCAGGUUCCCUCUCCCUCCCACCACCCAACCCCCGGUUGCUGAAGGGGUGAAAACCCCUUCAGUAACUUACCUGAGGCAGCGACGAUGUCCCUUGUCGCUGCUUCCUCCUCCGCCGCCACUCCUCCUUCUGACUGUGUCAGCCGGUGGGUGAGACUGAUCCCGCCCACCGGCCGGGGAGACCUAUGCCGCGCAUGCGCAUUAGCGCUCCCCAUAGGAAAGCAUUGAAAAUGCAUUUCAAUGCUUUCCUAUGGGGAAAUGAGCGAUGCUGGAGGUCCUCACACAGCGUGAGGACGUCCAGCGACACUCUAGCACAGGUUUCCUGCCCGCCUGCCCAAUCUCUCAAAAUUAGAAAAUCCCUACCGCCCACCUGGAAUCCUGAAACGCCCAUUAGUGGGCGGUAGGGACCAGGUUGACGACCCAUGCUAUAUAUCAUAUAGAUUUAUACACAUAUAUAAUUAUAUUUUUUAAUUAACAUUAACAUUUUUUUUUUUUUAUUGAUUUUACACUUGUAGGGAGAGUACCUGACAGCUCAGGCAGUCUCCCCGUGGCAAAUCAGGACCCUGCGGCCACGUGAUCGCUCAACAGAGCGGUCACAUGGUCACAAUAGGUGUCCAUGUGUCUGCCUGCAGGGGGACUGUCUGUGCUGACAGGCAGUCUCCCUGCAAGUGUAAAAUCAACAAAAAAUAAAUAAAUGUUAAUGUUAAUUAAAAAAUACAAUUAUAUAUGUGUAUAAAUAUGAUAUAUAGACAUAUAUCUAUAUAAUAUAUGUCUAUAUAUCAUAUAUAUUUAUGUCAUACUAAGUGUAUUUUUAUAUUAAUAUAAAUAUAUUAAUAUAAAAAUACACUUAUAAUUAAAUUACACACGUAUAUAUAUAUAAUAUAUAAUAACUAUAUAUAUAUUGUGUGUAUAUAUAUUAUUAUAAAAUACAAAUAAGUAAAUUAAAAUAAAUUUAAAAACGUAAAAAUAAUAAAUUUAAAAAAUGAUUUCUGCCAUUAUUUUUUUUCGCUUCUUCCUCUUCCCCCUCUUCUUCAUCCACUUAUAUAAAGUCAUUUCUCUUUCUUCCUUAACCAUUCUUCAAUCUGAGAUGGGGUCGUGAAUAUCUCACGUCUUCCGUCUGUAAUUAUCUUUAUUUUACUGGGGUAGAUCCAUGAGUAUUUUAUAUUUAGUCUUCUUAGUGAACCAGUAACCGUCAUAAAUUUCUUUCUUUGUUGUCUGGUGUAGAAAGAAAAAUCUUGAAAAAUCUUAAUAUCACCAAGCUUUUCUGUAUUAGACUGAUUUGUUCGAGCUGCAUAUAGUAUAGCUUCCUUAAAUUGAUGGGACUGCAAAUUAAUUAUUAUAUCUCUCGGUAGGUGUUGAGAAACCGAACUAGGUUUGCUUAAACGAUGGUAUCGUUCCAUUUUGGUAUUUAGAAUUGACACUUCUAUAUUGAGUGUUGCCCAUAAAGUAUCCAAAUACUCAGGUAUUUUAUCUUGUGUAAUUGCUUCUGGAACAUUUCUUAUUCUUAGGUUGUUUCUUCUUAAACGAUCUUCCAAAUCUCCUAGUUUUCCUUCUAUUUGUCUCAUUUGAUUAUACAGCUGCUCAUUUUGUUCUUUGUUUGCUCUGCUUUCGUAUUCCAAAGCUGUGAUUUUUUCUUCACUUUGCUUUAGUUUUUCCAAUAUUUCCAGAAACUGUUUUUUUGUUUCUGCUGUGUUUUUAUUAAAUUCAGCAGUUAUUGCCACCAAUUGUUCUUCUAAACAGUGUUUUAGAAAAUCUGUUGUAAUAUAAUUUUCUGUUUGACUGGAAGGACUUUGAUUAAAAUCUUCACUUUUUGAUGAAUACAUAAUUGAGCUUUCAAGAUUUUUUUCUACAUUAGAUUUUUGUCCAGGUGAAAAGAAACUUGAGGGGUUUUUACUUUUUUCUGUUUGUUGAUCCUGCUUUGCUGCUUUCUUGAUGGCAGCUUUUCCUGAUGACUUGGUAGCCAUAUCUUUUUAUCUUUUUUUCUUCUUCCUCACUCCCCUUAUUUCUUCUCCUUUUCCUUUAAUAAGAAGUUAUUCAGUGUUCACUUUUUCCUCUUUUUUUUCCCACUUCCUUUCCCCUCUCCCUCUCCUUUCUCUCUCUUCUCUCUCUUUUGUUUUAUAGAGAUUUUAUUUAUAAUUAUUCUUUAUAUUUGUUUAUCUACUGCCAGUUUAUCUUUUUCUCAUGUCAGCAUAUACAUCAGGAUAAAUAGAAAUAGGGGAGGGUGGAAGUACUUAACUUAUCUUCAGUUCGUUCUCCUCACAUAAAACUCUUCACAUAGCGUUUCCAUAUCACUUCAUAUAAGUAGGUUUACGAUCAAAUUCUUGUCGACUUACUACCGGAAGCAGAGACUGCGGAGGUUUACUGCUCACAACACUUGGAGUCUUGUCAGCCUUUUUGUCAGCCUUUUUAGCACCGUUCCUGCCUCGUAUAUCGGCAGAACGCCGCUUCCUCCUCCAUCGCCGAGACGCCUCCUCGCCUCAGGAUGCGUACGUGCGUGCGGACCUCCGCCCACCUCUACGUCAUCACGCAAACCCUCUCUCUCCUCACUAAACCCAAAUAAAAUUGCGAAUGAUUUCUAUAUGAAAUUUUAUUCUAACUGUAUUUUUAUAUAAAUACACUUAUAUCAAAAUACACUUAGAAUUAAAUUGUAUAUAUAUGUAUAUAUAUGUAUAAAUAAAUAAAAAUAAUACGAAAUAUACAUAUAUCCAUAUACAAAAUUACAUAAAUAAUUAUUUAAAUAUACACGUAGACUUCAAAUAUAUAAAUAUGUAUAUAUAUUAAAAUUCGAUGUGCGUGUUUAUGUAAUAUUUUUACAUAAUUAAAGGACCACUAUAGGCACCUAGACCACUUCAGCUUAAUGAGGUGGUCUGGGUGCCUGGUCCAGCUAGGGUUAACCCUUUUUUUCUAUAAACAUAGCAGUUUCGGAGAUAAGAAUGGGUUAAGCCUUCCCCCAUUCCCUCUAGCGGCUGUCUCAUUGACAGCCACUAGAGGCGCUUGCGUGCUUCUCACUGUGAAAGUGACUUUUUUUGCAUUUUUCACACACAAACAGCACUUUUACUGAUGAUAUAAUUGUUGUGAUACGUUUUACUGUUUUUAAAACACUAAUAUUUGUGUUCAGCAAAGUCUCCCGAGUAUAACAGUAACCCCCAGGUACAGGUUUUAUAGCGUUUUUGAUGGGUCAAAUAUUUUUACAUAGAAAAUUGCCAGUUUGGUUAUGUUGCUCUUGAGAGCGUAUGGUAGCCCAGGAAUGAGAAUUACCCCCAUGAUGGCAUACCAUUUGCAAAAGAAGACAACCCAAGGUAUUGCAAAUGGGGUAUGUCCAGUCUUUUUUAGUAACCACUUGGUCACAAACACUGGCCACAAUUAGCGUUCAAUUUGGUUUUUUACUUUUGUCACACACAAACAAAUAUGAAUGCUAACUUUGGCCAGUGUGUGUGACUAAGUGGCUAAUAAAAAAGACUGGAUAUACCCCAUAUUGAAUACCCUGGGUUGUCUACUUUAAAAAAUAUGUACAUGUGGGGUGUGACAAAAACAAUAUAUAACUUGUAUGGGUAUAGUAAAUGAGAGAGAGGAAAAUUACAGCUAAACACAAACACCACAAAAGUGUUAAAAGAGCCCUGGUCCUUAACGUACAACAUGGCCAAAACAGGCCAGUCCUGAAGGGGUUAGAAGCUCCUACGGUGUCCAUAAAGCUCGGCCAUAGAAAGUUUAGUGAAUAUCAUGAUUGGGUGAGACAAUUCCUGGUCUUGAUAGAGCUCACUGUAGAACAUACAAGGUUUCGGAAUUUGCACCAAAUGCAGGAACAUAAAAAGUAAGCAUCUUCCUUGUUUUUUAAUUUAUUGUUUUACGUGCAUUACAUUACAUUACUUUAUGACUAUAAUGCCUUAAAAGUAAUGGGUUAUCUCCAGCCUGGAAUUUCCCAUUCAUUUUAUUAUAUAUUAUAGCUCAAAUCCAGAACCCAAAAUGCUACUUUUGUAAAGUGUAUGUGUUUCUUCAAAUGCUGAAUAUACUAGUAUUGUGAUAAUAUGGUACUCUUGUCUUGUAGUUUCUUGCAGAUAUGGAAAAUAAUGCACUAUUUAGAGAUGAUCUUGAAUGUCAGAAACUAAUCAUGGAAGCCAUGAAAUACCACUUGUUGCCUGAGAGGAGGCCCAUGUUACAGAGCCCUCGCACCAAGCCUAGGAAGUCUACAGUCGGCACACUGUUUGCUGUUGGUGGAAUGGAUGCUACCAAAGGUACAACUGAACAGCCCAUUAGCUGGAAGUCCAGUGACACUAUCUUAGAAUUGUGGGUCCUAGUAGUGAUACAAUUUGCAUAGCAGAUAGAUUCCCUUAAAACCAUAUGUUCCAUUAAUUUUCAUGUUUUUUUCACUAAGGAGCUACAAGUAUUGAAAAGUACGAUCUCCGCACAAACAUGUGGACUCCCGUAGCCAACAUGAACGGCAGGAGGCUGCAGUUUGGUGUGGCCGUCCUGGACGACAAGCUAUAUGUUGUGGGUGGCAGAGAUGGAUUAAAGACCCUUAACACUGUUGAAUGUUAUAAUCCGAAAACAAAAACCUGGAGUGUAAUGCCACCAAUGUCUACGCAUAGACACGGCCUCGGUAAGUGGCAGAAUUUACCAAAACUGGAAAAAUGCAUUAAUACAGUGUGACAAUAUUGUUCAUUGUAAAAUACAAUUCCAAGGGGCACAUGGUGUUCAUUUAUUGGAGUAGGACAGUAAUAUCUGUGCUAUGGGUUCCCACCUACAGUUUCGUGAACAAGUUCUUUAUUGAUCUUUUUUAUCUAAUGAAUUUAGAGUUGAUGAUUUCAAAAUAAUUUACUUAUUGUGAUUUGUACUGAUGUAAACAUCUGUAUAAAUUAUUUUAGUGGUGUGUUUCCUGGUGUGUACCAAUAAAGUAGCGAUGGAUAUAAUAAUAAUAAUGUCUAUGGAGCAUUUUACCCCUAAGAGAUAUUUAAGAUGGAGUAGAAUUUUUCAUUUAUCGUUGUUGAUUUCAAGCCUUGUGCUACUAGACCGGUCUAAAAGGCAGUCACCACUGCAAACUUGGAGAGUUCCUGGCACAUUAGCCAGGGUUGAAGCUCUACUAGCAAUACUGAUUAAUAUUAUUGUAUUUGAAAGUUUUGUCCCAGAUGCCUCUGCACUGAUCUCUGUUUAUAUUUUAAACUAAAAAAGCAGAUAAUAUUGCUAAAUAAGUGAAGUAUUUUAACAAUAAAGUGUUCCAUUUCCAAUGGCUGGGAGUUCUAUGUUAUCCCUGUUAAAAGUAUAAUUGUGUUUCAGUGUUGACUAAAAAUAAAGUUGUAGUUUCAACGCAAUAUUGAGUCUGAAAUGAAGGAAUUGAUGUAAACAGUAAUGUUUCACCAUUUCUAAUAAUGUCCAAAAUAUUUACACUGACCAAUAAUAGAGAUGAAUUAGUCAAGUGCACCACUAGUCCUUUAUUGAUCAACAUAAAGGCUAAAGCUGUCAAAUUAUUAUGGGAAAUGCAUCUAACAUAUUUAGGCAGUAUCAAAGUAAGGCAUAAAUGCACUGCAGUGAUUAAAAUGCAUCAAUAUCUAUCCUAAAUAGAAUGAAAUAAAAGUGUCUGUGCUUGUAUUCUGUAAAUGGUUACGUUCUGCUUCCUUUUCAUAGGGGUAGCCGUUUUAGAGGGACCCAUGUAUGCUGUAGGCGGCCAUGAUGGUUGGAGCUACCUGAACACCGUAGAGAGAUGGGACCCACAGGCACGGCAGUGGAAUUUUGUCGCCAGCAUGUCAACCCCAAGGAGCACAGUUGGUGUUGCUGUGCUAAGUGGAAAGUGAGAUAUUAGUACAUUAACUCUUAUCUUUUAAUUAGCAUUAAUUAAAGAACUUUCUGCUUACCCCAGUUUAUUGUAAUCCUAACCAGCUAGCUAAACCCUGUCAUUGUACCUUUUUAUUUACAUUCUCUGCUUUACAACCUACAUUGAUCAAGUAACAAAAAAAACAAAAAAAUCUGUUUUGUCCAUUCCACUAGUCAACUGUGUGUCACUAUUUAACACAGUGAGAGACCUACCUUCCUAUAGAAUUGCUAGCGGGAGUCGUAGCAAGCUUCCCUGUACUGCUUUCAUCGCCUGUCUGAUAAACUGCGAGGCAGCGCACGGUAUAAAAUGUCAUGUAAAUUCAAAGGAUGACAUCUUUACUUGUUUUAGAGAAGCAGAAAUAAUUUAUUAUAAAAGUGUUUGGUUUUUUUAAAUAGAGACUGAAGCAUGUAACAAGACUACCAAAACCAUUAUCAUGUAUAGACACAGUAUUAAUACAUACAUUAUAAUAGGUGAUGGCUAAUGUUUAGCAAUACAGCCUUUUCUGUACUACGGUCAUGGCUGAGGAUCAUGGGAAUUGUAGAGCACAUCAGCUGUAAGUGCCAGAGACUUGUCAUUACUGUGCUAGCUUUAAGAAUAAGCAAGGAACAUUCAUACUACUUGUUACUUACCAGAGUUAUAUAAGCCAGCUCAGCCUAUCUUCAGGAACUCAACAGGUUAUGAGACUUGAUCAUUCUAGUAACAUUUAAUCUGAGGGAUAUAACAUACCUCCCAAGUGUCCCUAUUUUAGGAGGGACAGUCCCUGUUUUGGUCCUUGAUCCCUCUGUCCCUUUAUUCUAUCUUAAAGUCCCUCUUUUCUAGGAGUUCAGUAUCGUUUGUGUGUUUCAGUGUAUAGCAGAGUUCCAAAGUGAUAAUGUUCACAGUAAUGUGUUUUUAAAUUGCAGUAGAUGUACUAAUAAAUCAGUCUGUGUAAAUACAAUACAUUGUUCUUGUUUUAAAUUACAUUUUAGUUGCAUACAUUAUUAGUAAGUCACCUAACAUGUUUCAGAAUAGCUCUGCCCCUGGCCAGGACCCCACUCACACCCCUAAAAUUAAAGUGUCCUUUAUCCAUUUAAAUUGUGGAGUAAUAUGUUAUAACAACAGAGAAUAUGAGAACUCUGAGAAAGUCAGUAUGUUAUAAUGUAAUCAUUAGUUCAUUGCCCAGCCCUGAACAUAUGAAACAUAUUUCUGUCUUGCUUAUUAGAAUUCAUUGCUUUGGGGGCCUUUUACCCAACUACAAAUGACUUGGAAAUAUUUUCAUCUAAGUUUGUGUGUUUUUGUUUUCAAUUAUUUUCCAGGCUUUAUGCUGUGGGUGGCCGUGAUGGAAGCUCUUGCCUAAAAUCUGUAGAAUGCUUUGAUCCUCACACCAACAAGUGGACCCUGUGCUCACAGAUGUCCAAACGAAGAGGAGGGGUCGGAGUCACUACCUGGAAUGGAUUUUUAUAUGCAAUAGGAGGGCACGAUGCACCUGCUUCCAAUUUAACAUCCCGGCUCUCAGAUUGUGUGGAAAGGUAUGUGGAAAGUAUACAAGAAAUAAGAAGGCUUAAAAAUGGAAGUACAUCUGUCUCUGUCCCAGAACUAAUAGGGUUAUUUAGUAAAGUGUGAGUUGUGUGGAAUUUAAAGUAAAUUCGAAGGGUUGAUUUGAUUUUGAGCCAAAAUAGUCAGAGCUGGAUAGAGUAAUGAAAGAGCUGACUUUUGGCCUAAAAUUUGAAACUCACUUUGAAUUCACACUUUAUUAAAUAAGCCUGUUAAAAUGUGCUGUUCAGGAUAGUUAUUGUGGUACUGUCACAACAAUAGAAUCAUUAUUAAAACCGUCUGACAAAUGAAGGUUGGAAUAUGGACAAUCUAUAAAACAACCCUUACAUAUUUGGUCUACAUUGCCUUUAGUUAUGGGCAUGUGUGUGCUCACUGGCCUGCAGGCAGAGAUGUGCCAAAAAGACACGAGUAACAGGUUAACAGUCAAAUAUGGUGAUAUAUCUAUAUCUAUUAUAUAAAAUAAGACCGAUCCAUAGAGCUACCUGUGUAUAUGCAAACAAGUUAAAUUAAUACAUUUACUGUUACUUGUGUGGUACUGGGUCCACUGUUGUUAUCUUCGACUUAAAAUAUCCAGAUAUGAUGUGAGAGAUUAACUAGAGUAGCAUAGUGAAGAUAAAAUCAAAUUUAUUUAACAAAAUAUAUAAAAAAGUGGGCUCUCACAUUUUAAAAUGGAGUUACCAGCAUCUCACUAGUUUAAAAACUAGUCCAGGUGAGUUUUGUCUUUUCUCGCUUGCUGCUGUUUAAUACGAGUCCUACAGCCGAUGUCCAGUAUUAUGAAGAUCUCUGGAAUCCUGUAUAGCAGCAAACUAACAGAGGUAACUUUGUAAACCAUUACAAAUAAGUUAUACUAUAUAUAUGGAAAAGUUAUGUAGGCUAUACAUAGUAAAAUGUAUUGUUUUAGAAAAAUACCUCUCUCUUAUCUUUACCCCCACCUCUCAUUUCCAUCUGCCCUCUUAGUAUAUUAUUGAGAGAAUAUAUAAAGCCAGUUGCCUAGACUGACCCUUUAAAAUGUGUUACUCCUAUACUCUCCUUAUAAAUAAUAAUUAAAAUCCAAGAGAACAUGUUUAUGGACAAACUGUCACCCAUUGUGCUACAAAUUCCUCUGGCCUUUCAUUAAGUAUGGGAUCUAUAGUUAACCUACUGUCUUAAAGAGUUUUCAUCUUAAAGCAGAUAUCUUUUAUCAUGGGGAAUUUGGUAUACUCGUUCUUUCCCAAAUCCCCCCACCAUUUUUUGUUUGGUUUUUUAUUUCUCCCAACCUUCCCCUUUCUCUUUAUCCUUUUACUGUAUUCUGUAAAACCGGCUGUGACUACAGGUGAACUGUUGGUACUAUCUUUUCACUUUUGUUCACAAACCUGUAAUAAAUAAGGAAUUAAUUUAGCAGAUGCUUUCAUUUACAGGUAUGAUCCCAAAACAGACAUGUGGACAUCGGUGGCCUCGAUGAGCAUUUGUCGAGAUGCAGUAGGAGUGUGCUUGCUGGGUGAUAAACUCUAUGCCAUUGGUGGAUACGAUGGACAGAGCUAUCUCAAUACGGUGGAGGCGUAUGAUCCUCAGACAAAUGAAUGGACACAGGUCUGUUUAGUUGGACACUUUUUUUGUUAAAUUUUGUUUUGCUUAGUUUACCUUGUGAAAAAUGUUUAAGGUUGUUGGUUAUGGAAGACAUGAUUGUUAGCUAGCUUAGGAUUUUUAAAAUUAUGAUUACUUGUCCCCUAUAUUUAACAAAUGUGAGUUUCUGAGGUCUGAAAAAUAAAAUUUAAAUGUAGAAGUCAGCAUCGCUGUAUUUUGCAUUUGUCCAGAGCUGAGCACCACCAUCUCGGCUCCCUGUCCAUCUCUGUUAAAAGUUCUACUCUUUUUCUGGAGAUAAAACCUUUCGUGUGCAGUCAGCAAGAGAGAGGAGAAGAAACUGAAAUUGUGGUGUCAGUUGAUAACUAUUUAAUUUACAUUUAAAAGAAAACUGAGCAUCAUAUUAAAAAAGGUUAACACAAGUUAUUGAGUAUUUUUAUUAUUUUAUUCAUUAUUGGUAUAAUUCCCAGACCUGUGUGUUCCCCUUCAGAGGGAAGCAAUAGUACUAAAAACCAAAUAAUUUGUAUUAUUAUUUAAUAUGUCUCUGGCAUCAAUAUGACCUCAGUCCCCAUCCUCUUUUACUUUUAAAAAUAUUAAGCUUAAUCCACACUGACACUACUACAGUUUGUUUAACACAGUUUUUAUGUGGACUCUACCUAUAUUAUUGUGUUCUUCUUUGUUGCCUUACUUUUACAAAACAUAAAAAAGGGAAGAACAUCUGGGGCACUGGUGCUACAUGCAAAGCACUUGUAUAUCUUAUUGUUAACUUUUCGUGUGUACUAACCUCAACUUUCUAAUUCUGUAUUGCCGAAAUCUUAAAAAAACAAAACAAAAAAAACUAAAAAUUAAGCUUAAUAACCCCUAACUUAAUUUUUUUUCCAUUUCUGGUACACAGUCCUUCCAGCAACCAAUUUGCCCCCUGUUUUGUCAUCAUGCUUAAUGACUUCUCUUUCAAUCAAGUACUUGACAAAGCAUUGAAUCCAGUGUUUCUCCGUGAGAAGCAUCGGAGCUGGCUGCAUUGUACUAAGAGGACUUUCAAAUGGUUAUGAAAAGGCACCAUCUAGUGGCUGUCAGGGUGACAGACAUUAGAGGUAUGUUUAGCCCCACAAAGUAAGAAUUGCCAAAACGGCAGUGUUUUUACAUUGCGGGAGCAAUGCGGCAGUACCACUGCACCAAGACCACUUCAUUGAGUUCUGGGUGCCUCAAGUGUGCCUUUAAUAAACUGAUAAAGUACCUUAACCCCUUAGUGACCAAGGACGCAUCAGGUACGUCCAAUCAUUUCUGGGUUGCCGCACUUGGUGCCCGGCAGUGAGGCAGAGCAUCGGAAGCUAUCAUGCAGGCUUCCGAUGCCCUGCCUGUCUGCUGAGAUGUUGAGGCACUCAGUAAAAAAUAAAAUAGUUUUAAAAUAAUAAUAAUAAUAAAAUAAAAUAAAAUUAAAAAAAAAAAUAUAUAUAUAUAUAUAUAUAUAUAAAACUAACACCCCUCCCUCCCCCCCAGGAAUCUAAUCCUACAUUACUUAUCUGAUAGCCGCCGUUCCCCCGCCGGCGAUCAGUCUUCUUCUGACAGCCCAGUUAGUUCCUCCUCUUCAAAAUAGGACCCCAUAUUUAAUACCCUGGGUUGUCUACUUUAAAAAAAAUAUGUACAUGGGGGGUGUGAUUCAGUGAUUUAUGACAGAUAACAGUGUUACAAUGUCACUAUUGAUCAAUGUUAAAAAUAUAUUUUGAAACGGCAAUGUCCUACUUGCACUUAUAGCCCUCUAACUUGCAAAAAAGCACAUAAACGCUGGUUCUUUUUAAACUCAGGACAAAAUUUUGAAACUAUUUAGCCCGGGUGUUUUUUCGCAGUUGGUUGAUGCGUAACAGAUUUUGGGGGUCAAAGUUCGAAAAGGUGUGGUUUUUUAAAAUAAUUUUUAAGGGAUCGACCAAUAUUGAUUUUUUUUAAAGCCGAUAAUCUGUGAACUUUAAAGCCAAUAGACGAAAACUUACCGAUACCGAUAUUCUGUACAUUUACCGUUUUGAAAAAAGAAACUAUUUCUACACAAAUCUACUGUUAACUGAACAUGGUUAUUAUUGUAUUUAUUUUGUUGCAAAUCUUUUUUUAUUAAGGUAAAUGCACAAAAUAUACAUCCCAGUGAGAAUUUUUUAUGUUUUCAAGAAUAUAUGUGUGUGUAGUGGAUGCAGUGAGAGUAUUUGAUUAUUGAAUGCAGUGUGUGUGUUUGUGUAGUGGAUGCUGCAUGUGUGUGUAAAUAUGUGGGGUAGGAAUCUGUGGAUUUUAUUUAUUUUAUAAAUAAAAAUAAUUUUAUAUAAUUAUUACAUUUAAAAAAAAAAUAUAUAUAUAUAUAUUUUCAUUUUAUUCCCCCCUCCCUGGCCACAGGUACAUAGGGCAUUACACUCCUUGGUGGGGAGUGAGGGGUGCCGUGUGUAUUAGGGGCAUUGUAUGUGUGUAUGGGGGCAGUGUGUGUGUGUAUGUGGGGCAUUGUUUGUGUGAGGGUUGUAGCAUGUGUGUAAGGGGGCAGUUUAUGUGUGUGUAUAUGGGAUGCAGUUUGUGUGUGUGUGUGUGUGUGUGUAUGGGGGGGCAGUGUGUGUAUAUGGAGGGGCAGUGUUUGUGUGAUAGGGGCAGUUUGUGUGUGUGUGGGGCAGUGUGUGAAUGUGUAGGGUGUUAUUGUGUGUGUGUGUGGUAGGGAGGGAAGCAGAUCAAAGCAAAUAUAACUUUUAUUUUAUGUUGUUUUUAAAAACAAAUAUAUUGUAUAUCUCCCCUCCCUCCUUACCUGUGGCUUGGGAGGGGGAGACAUUGCUUUCCAUCCCUGGUGGUUCGGUGGGGAAGCACUGGUGGUCCCAGUGGUGAGAGUGAACUCUAGCUUGUAGAUUUAGGCUAGAGUUCACUCUCGCGAGAGCAGUGAAUUGCCAUGGUAACCGUGGCUACGCUCCGUGCUUGCGAGAGGCGAACCCGACGGAGCUGCAGGUAAGAGCUCCCCUGGGUCCUCUCUCUCUCCCUCCCUCCCCUGCUGACUGCCAGCAGAGUGCUUGCGGGCCGGGGAGGGAGAUCACUGAUCUCCCCUUGCCCCCACUGUCUGCAUUAUCGGCAAUAUCGGUAUCUUUAUAGGCCAAUACCGAUAUUGCUGAAAAUGCAGAAUAUCGGCCAGACCGAUAAUCGGUCGAUCCCUAAUUUUUUCAUCGUAUUUUAUAAUUUUCUUUUUUAUAGUAAAUUUAUAUGAUAGGAUGAAAAUAAUGGUAUCUCUAGAAAGACCAUUUAAUGGCGAGGAAAAAAGGUAUAUAAUAUGUGUGGGUACAGUAAAUUAGUAAGGGGGAAAUUACAGCUAAAUACAAACACCGCAGAAAUGUAAAAUCAGCCCUGGUCCUUAAUGGUAAGAAAUUGAAAAGCGGUCUGGUCACUAAGGGGCUAAAGGGUCUGCUAGAUUACAGUACCAUUACUUCAAGUACCAUAUUACAUGUACUGAGUAGCUCUCUUUAUCUUAAUGAUAAAUGUGAUGAUAUAUUCAAUGAUUAUUUUAUCUUCAAUGAUCAAUGUAACUGUUUUAUCAUAAGCGUUAUAGUGUUGGGUAUUAAUGAUUUCUUGUUUGUUAUUUUUAGGUUGCUCCAUUGUGCCUUGGAAGAGCCGGUGCCUGCGUAGUGACCGUAAAACUAUAACAUGGUAUUUUAUGUCGGUGUGCGCAGACUCUCACAUUCCCAAAGAGAUUCACUUUAUUACUGCUUUUUAAUAUUCACAGGUUUUAUUGUGAAUGAAAAAUAUACAGCACAAUAUUUAUCAUAUUUUAGGAUCUUCUAUCCAAAUCUUCCAGAAAUUAUUUAUCUAUGUUAAACUAUAUUUAUUCCCAGCAUAAUGAAGGCAACUUUAGGCAAAGACACUUAUUGGCGAGAUCUAUUUUCUCUAAGUAUGUACCAUUUUGGAGAGACAGGUUUCUUUAGCACAAGGUCAUAGAUCAAGCGUUUCAUGUCUUCAACUGCAAGUUUAUAUCUUUAAAAGCACUUCAAAAAUCUAUCUGUGUUUAUUGGACAUUCCCUCAUACAUGGAUGUAUUUAAAGUAAUUAUAUAAAGGAAUAUUAAUAUCCCACGGUAUUGGACAUAAAUGGAUGCAUUUAAAGUCGUCAUAGAAAAGAUAAUAAAUAUCCUGUGGUAUGGCAGAGUUAAGGCAAUGUGUGUGUAAGCAGGACUUUCAAGUACUUUCAGGACUUUCAUCUGGAGUGCCGAUGGUUGCCUACUCCUGUUGUAGAUCAACCUCUUAAGCUCAUCUUAGAGGAUAUGAAAGUUAUAUGUGCUCUAGCUGUGACGUGAUGGUCCAGGGGACAGAUAUGGACAUUUAAUAUCAAGCAGAUGGGAAAGAUGCAGAAAGGUAAAGAAUUGACGGAGAUAAAGGAUGAAAGUAAAGAAGAGAAAAUUGGUUCGGUUUUUUUGAAGGUUUUAUUUUUGUUACUGUAUUGAAAUACGUCUUAAUUAUCUUUUUAUUUCAUUGUUUGUUUCCUACUUUCUUUUAAACCAAAGUCUUAUUUUGAAUGUGUUUUUACAGAUGUGUUUUGUCUUGUUUUAUUUUUACAUUAUGUAAACAUAUCACAUGCUCGUGACUGGUUCAUUGGCAGAAAGUGAUAAUUAUUAUUAUUAUUUAAUGCUUAUUAGAUGCAGCUGUGCAGUGAGUAGGAAAAACGCACAGUUAAAUGGUAGAAAAUAUCGGUGAAUGGAAAAUAAGAGAUCACACAAGUCUUACUUAAAUUAGCUAAUAAGAGGAAUUCUAGUACAAUGACACAGAGGAGAAAGCCUAAUGUAUCAUAGAUAGAAGAUCGUACAUUUACAGCUAGUGUCCCUAAUUUAUAUAUGGUAAAAUGGGUAACAUAUGCUUGGAGCAAUUGGUGAAAUGGCAAGAUGUGUUAAUUGAGACAUAAGUAGGUUGCUGUACGUGGAAACAAUUGACAUGGUUAGUUUGGCUUAUAAUGAACUGGGUUUUUUGUUUUUUGUUUUAAAGGAUUUAAAGUUUAAACUAUGGAAAAGUUAUUUGGUAUAAGGUUGUCUCGCUGCAACAUUGGGGGAGCCUUAAGGUACAACUCACUAGCAUUGGUAUUGCAAAUGAAAAGGGCAGCUGGAGCCUCUUGGCAGAGGGGAUAUGUAGAACUUGCUAGUUAAGGAUUAUAAUCAUUUUGGGAUAUAGUUGUGUAGAAAUUUGCAAGUGAGAAGAAAAGUAAUAUGUGGAAUACUAUAGUAUACAGACUGGAAUGAUGUUCGGGAAGAGUAUGUAAGAACAUGUACCAUCAGCUGUCUUCAAGACUUUCUCUGAUAAUCUUCACUACAUUAGGGUCAGAAUUGAAUUCAAAUAGUGUGCCGCAUUAACAAUGUAGUGUGAAAUCACAUUAACAAACUAUCCAUACACACAGAUAUGUACUGUAUAUCAUUUUAUGCAAUUAUUAAGCACAAAAUACCAAUAAAUAUUGUUAUUUGUACAGGCAUGAUUUAAGGAUACACAAAUCUAAAGUGGGGUAUAUGAAAUUAAAUGCAUACAAUUAAUAACCAUUAUACAAAACGUGAAGAAUGAUAUGCUGGUGUUUAAUGUAAGGGGGCUAAAAUUACUUCUAUAAAAUAUGUUUGCUCUUGCUUGGCAACGCCAAGCAAGAUAAUUCAGGGGUGUGAUAUUUAACUAGCGUAAUUCUUCCAUGUAAAUGUAAUUGACAGAAAAUAGCACAAUGGCACACAUAUGUAAACAUUAUGAGUCUUACCUGUUCUAACAUUUGAUCCUGCAAAUUUAGAUAAUGACCGUGACCGAGAAAUAUAGAAGAAGAGAAGCAGAACAAACCAGAACUGAUUCUUCUUGUCGGUUUUGCCAAUUAUAGUCAGAAAAAAAGAAUAAAUGAAUAAUAAACACCACUGUACGGUCACAUCAGGGCUGCCCUACCAUUGGAUCCAGGUGGAACUUGGUAGAGGAAAAUGCCGCCUAGCUAGAGCUAGUAUAGCGCCUUUAUGCAACUCCAAAUCACCUGGUUGGCUCUUACAUUUUUAACUUAUUUUUAAUUGUGGUUGUGGCUCUUAAUUGUAAUGUAAGGACCCAGUGGCAACUCUCUUUAAUUCUAUUAGUGUGUGAGGAUAUGACAUUGUUAUCUUGCAAGCUCUUUCUGUGGCCGAUUGUAAUGUAACACCGGAACUGUACUGACAGGAGUGCACAGUCAGCCGUGGGAUAUGGAUUUGUAGAGUUCUCUUGAGCAUGUGGAUUUGCAGAAGAGGACGAGUUUGGAAGGGUUUGGGAUUGUAGACUGGAUUCAGAAGUUGGGAAGCAGGAGGAGGAGUUGAAUGGAACUGUAGACGAGGAGAGGAAGAUGGAGAUUUAUUGAGAGAUAAAGGGCUGCUUGAGAUUAGUCCAUGUGGACUUAAAUAGUGCCCAAUUUUUAGAAUUUCUGCAGAAAAUGUCAGAUGUGAGAUAAGAAUCAUUAAUGUAGGGUGAUAUUCAUCAAAUUACUAUCUGGGUAAAAAUAAAAUUAAAAAAAUAUAUGAAUCCAAUUAUUAAAUUCUAAGUACAACUAUUAAAGUCAAGCUUAGUUCUAAUCUAAUCGGAUAGGGAUUGAUGCAACCAAGCUAAACAUUAAGGGUGCUCAGACUCCCCAAUACAGCUCCAGGGGGUCAAUCACGGUUCAUCAGUUGAAUCACAGCACUAAAUGGUGUGCCUUGUCAAGUAAUCUUCAUUGAGAUCCCAAAAUAUGCUUGACAUUAGUUUCACUAUGGCUUCACCAGUAUCUCUGUAAAAUGUCAUCUCAAGGUGGACAUUAAUGAAGAAAUAGAGAUGUAUCUGGCCUGGAAGCCCGUUGUAAUAUCAGCGUGAGAUUUUAAAAACGAAUUAAAUUAAAAAUAAAAAUCAAGCCAGGAAUUAAAAAUCAAAUAAUUCUAAUCUGAUAACUCAGGAUUCAAAAUUUGUACUUUUAUAAAAUGUGACAGUGCUUUCUUACAACACAUCUUAUUAUUAUUUAUCUGUUUUUAUUAUUAUUUAUGAACACAUCUUAUUAUUCCCACAUCUGCUAUACAAAUGUAGAAUAAAAUAUUAUUUGUUUUAUAUUGUAUUAUGAUGCUAUUCUACCAACAUUUCUGAAUACAACAAUUUUCUAACUAUAUGCAGGAUAUUUUUUUUUUUUAAAUGUUCAAUGUUGGUGUUUAGAGAUUAUAUGUUUGUUAACAUCACCAUAAGUAGGUUCUUUUACGCCACCCACCCUAUCCCAUCAUCAAAUGUUUAAAAUCCGGUAAGAAUUUCUUUAAAAAAAAAAUUUUUUGUAUACAGUCAUUUCACAUUCCAAAGAUAAUGUAAUUCAAAAUUCAAGUAAAUAUAGAAGCUUUAAAACAUAACAUUGGUGACAACAAAAAUAGAAUGGUACUUAAGAAAACGAUAGGCACUUCAGAGAACAAUCAAAGUGUCAAGGUGUCUCAUUUGGGCACCCGAAAUUAAAAUCAACGCAAAGUUGGUUAAUUUAUAGGGUUCCUAAGUUAUUUGUAUUCAUUACUUAAGACCAGUGUUGGGUAAUUCACAGCGUCCUUCUCUCACAAUGAGCAUUAGAGUACUGUUAGGUAAUUCAUAGAGAUCAAUUUAUUUCAACAAAAUAAUGAUUAUUUACAGCCACUCAAGUUUGUAACACCAAAAAUACCAGCAAAUUAAAUUGAGACUUUAACAAUUUCUAUUUCUAUUUAGUCAGACAUACUGUAUGUGUUAAAAUAUUAUUUGUGCUUUCACUCUAAUUGAAUGAAACUUUGUUAGACCUCAGUUAUUUUGUCCUUAAUUUGGCAAUUACAUUGUCUAUUCUCCAUAAUUCACAGGUGAGCGAAUGAUGCAAAUGUUUCCUUAUUAAUCAUUCCAGCAUUUUUUAUUAAGUGUUAGAAUAAGAGUUAUGGCUAUUUAAUUAUGCCUCUAGUGAUGUGCCGAAUGGUUCGCCACGGACGGCGAACAUAUGCGCUGUUCGGUCCGCCCCCUAUUCAUCAUCAUUGAGUAAACUUUGACCCUGUACCUCACAGUCAGC